CAACCAUCCAAAGAUGAUCCAUAGUAUGUCCCAGGCAGUUCGAUAUUUUCUCUAAUAGCAGCCUCAAAGGAUGAAGAAAGAAUGAAUGAAGCUUGGAGAGACGCGUUAUUGCUUGCACUAAACCAUGCAUGCAGCCAAAAUCCCUCACUUACAAAGGAAGCAGAGGAUAAGCUUAAAUCAUGGGAAAGAGAACCAGGGUACUACAGUUUGCUCAUGGUAAGAGUCGCUUUGGUCUCCACUCUAUCAUUAAGUGGCUAUGGAAUGUAGAAAUUUUCGAUCAAACCGUUAUAGGAUACCGAACGGGCUACAAUUUAGCUAUUUCUAUCCUUAUUGACAUUUGGUGGAUGCAGUUUACGUACACCUACAAGUUUACAUUCGUUUGGGCUUCCUUAUGAUGCACUAUACUAUGUAGUUUGUAGAGCAUUUUUUUCCCAAUUAAGAAAUUGAUUCCAUGUUGUCAAGCGUCUGUACACUAAUGGCUCGCAGAUGACGUCAGAAUGUGAUGAGAACAAAAAGGUGGCCAAUCAGGCGCAGUCUGGUGCUCUAAGAGCUUCCUAACUUGUUCUGUUUAGCAUUGACAUUUUGGACCACAGAGACAAUUUAUAUGGAGUGGAGUGAAUACAUUAUCACUAACUAGCUUUUUAUGCAACUUUUUAUUUUUGUGAUGAAUUUUUAUUGCUGAUGAGAUAUCCUUGCUAUUAAGUUGAUGAUAAAGAAUUACCCUGUUUUACUCAAAGUGCUUCAAUAAAGUUAGGUUUGUAGGUACAUGUGUAUUUUGAUGUGGUGAAAUAAAGAGGGUAGAGUUUACUUUUUGUAUAUAUAUAUAUAUAUAUAUGUGUGUGUGUGUGUGUGUGUGUGUGUGUUGCGAUAGGGGAAAAAACAGUGAGACUAUGCUUUCACCCUACAAGCCUGUUUCAUGAUUGCUCACUCACGAAACAGGCUUGUAGGGAUGAAAAUAUAGUCUCGCUGUUUUUUUCCCCUAUCGCAACAUAUAUUGCACUUUACUUCUACAUAUCAAGCACUGUAAAAAUGGAAAAAUCAAUACACAGACUUCCUAUAUAUAAAUGUACACACUUUCUUUUUUGUAUUGACUGCUAAUGUCUCCCUUUUUGGUGCAAUUUGAAUGGUCAGAUCUGACUAACAGAAACCUAGUAAAUAUGAAAUUUACAUUUUCUUGUUUCUUUCAAAGAUAAUUUUCAAAAAUAAGACGCUUGAUGUCAAUAUAAGGUGGAUGGCAAUGGUAUUGAUGAAAAAUGGAGUAGAGCGUUAUUGGAGGAAAUCAGCCCCUCAGUAAGUGGUGCACGUACAUAUGGAUUACAACUGUACAUUCACUCCUAUGAGUCAUGUUCAAAGAAGUGACUUUUAAUUAGUUAAGUGUUGGUUGGGAUUGAUAACAGUCGUCUAGAAUAAUGAACAAGAGAUACUGGAUAGGUAAUUUCCAAGACUGUUAUCCCAUGCUUUAAUUAAUCUCAAUUCAAUCAUUUCCUCUAUUAUAUAAACUGUGGUGUUUUUUUACAGGGAUCUCUAGCCCUGGGAAAAGCUGUAACUGCACACAUGUAAAAUUUUGACCAUCAUAAUUUUUUAUGUAUGUUUGCUAUUACCAAUCAGGUGCUGACACCUCAGUGGCCUAUAGCACCAAUCUGUCAGGUUGAUUAAUCAAUGGCAAGGCUGAUUCAUAAUUCUCAGUCCAAGGUUGUGUGUGGAAAUUUUCUUGAAUUAAUUGGCCACAAACAACACUGAAAUACUUUUAUCACUCACAGUCAGUGACAUUCAAAAUUUGCUAGAUGUGGAACUAAACCAAAACACCAAAAGAGAAACUGAAAGUGACUAGGCUUUGAUCAUAGCAUUUCUCAUGGCUGAGAAAGAGAAUCAACAAUGGUGAUAUUUACCACCGGCUGAUUUAAAUGUGUAAAGGCCUAUUGCAUUUAUGUAAUAAAUUAAAAAAAGACAUGGUUGCUUGUGGGUACAGAAUUUUUUUCCCUAUCUUCAACUCAAUAUCUCACUACAUGACUUGUUUGGAGUGCUCACUCAUGGGCUCAUGCACUCAUGGUUAUGAAGUCUCUUUGAAUUUUCUAUCUAUUGACCCACCUAUUUAUGUAUAGUUUUAGUAAAUCUACAAAUAUUUAUGAUUACUGUUACUUAUUCAAGUAAAUGUUAAUAUAAUUAUGGUCAUUCAUCUGGCAUUAUGAGAAUUUGAUGUUUUUGUACUUUCUAUUUACAGUUCUAUUGCUGAAGAGGAAAAAACCUUUAUAAAACAGAAUUUAACCAUGUCACUUGAUGAACCAGUCAAUCAGGUACAGAGAAAUGGUUCAAAUUUCUAACAGUAAUCAAUUUUGACAUCAAAGUUUUUGUUGCAUAAAAAAAGUGCUGGUUGUAAGUAAAACAAAUGACAUCUCGUGAGGAGCUUUGGCCCCCCAAAAAGCAUGCAUUCUACAGAGAUGCUAUAUUUCUGUCAUCAAUGUAGAGAAUUAUGUCAAGGCUUGUAGUGGGUAGGUGUCUAUGGGGUUACAUAAACCUCUUUAUUAUAAGUUAAAGGUUCACUUUAAUACUUCUUCUACACAAUAAAUCUUGGAUCAGAAUCCAUAUGCUGCCCGUUUUAGGAAAGAUUUCUUUUAUUUUUUGCUUAGUCAUUAGUACUACAGUACUAACGGUGUUCACCAGUACUACAGUACUAUCAGUACGUAUGCUAACUGUGUAUUCAGGAAAAAUGCUUUUGCAAAGAACAAAAUGUUCUGUCAAUAGUCCAUUUUACAGUUGUGUGCUUGGUUGCCAAGCCUUUGAACAGGAGUGAGGCUAAGGGUGGCCUUGUUAUGAUACAAACCUUGCUGGUUUUGAAAUGCAAAUUAAUUUGUUAUCAUGCUAACUAGAUUCUGGUCUCUAACACAACAAGGUCACCUUCAGCCUCACUCCAAAUCAAAGGCUUGGCAACUAAGUACACAACUGUAAAAUGGCCUAUUCCCUGAUGACUGCAUUACGUUCUGUCCUGCCAGCAGGUCUCAAGCACACCAAAAAAGACUGUUUGUUCAAAAUUAGGUAGCCAAAUAACAUGUAUGUUUUAUGUUCAUGUUCAUCUGUGCUGGACCAAUUAGACAGCAAGAAUUUCCAGCAGAUGGAUUCAUGAGGUCUCAAAAUAUAACCCUGUUGUUGAUGCGGUAAAUAAAAUUGCUCUUGACCAUACACUUUAGGUGGGAAAUGCCUCUUGUCAAAUAAUCAUAAAUAAUUGCAAAGAUGUCAGUUAAGAAUAGCCAAGCUUGACAAUGACAUUCAAGAUGUAGUAAAGGAUAAAGAUUAUAUAAGUUAACAGUGGAUGCCUGACAAGAAAGAUUCCAGACAAAGAGCAGUCUCCAGAUAUUAAUAAGUGUGAAUUCUAUUUUUCAUGCCCUCCAAAGUAGUGUAUACCUGAGGGUUAAUUUUUACUAUCUUCUAUAUUGUCUUGGGUAGUGUAUACCUGAGGGUUACUUUUAAUCUCUUCUAUACCCUCCUCGGUAGUAUAUAUCUGAGGGUUACUUUUAACCUCUUCUAUGCCCUCUUGGGUAGUGUAUACCUCAGGGUUAUUUUUUAUCUCUUCUAUACCCUUUAAUAUAGUGUAUACCUAAGGGUUACUUCUUAUCUCUUCUAUACCCUCUUGGGUAGUGUCUACCUAAGGGUCACUUUUAAUCUUUUCCAUACUCUCCUGGGUAGUGUAUACCUGAGGGUUAAUUUCAAUCUUUUCUAUACCUUCAUGGGUAGUGUAUACCUGAGGGUUAAUUUUAAUCUCUUCUAUACUCUCCUAGGUAGUGUAUACAUGAGGGUUAUUUUUAAUCUCUCCUUUACCCUCUUGGGUGGUGUAUAACUGAGGGUUAUUUUUAAUCUAUCUUAUACCCUCUUGGGUAGUGUAUACCUCGCGGUUAUUUUUAAGCUCUUCUUCACCCUCCUUACACAGCAGUCAUGUUAGACAAUAUUCAUAAGUGUGAGUUUGCUCACAAUGACCUAAUAUACAAUAACAUUGUUUUAGAGAAAUAUGAAGACCAGUUUCUACCUUGUUAUAGUCAAUUUUGGUAAGAGUGUUGUCUUUGGAAAAGCUAAAAAUGUUGUUCCCAAACCUUUGCAUUUAAAAGGUCAUUAUAAGAAUAGUUGUAUUCUGCCAAAGUUUUUAGACAAAACAGGGAGACCGUCCCUGAGUUGAAAGUGAUUUGUAUUCUCUGGAUUAUCCAAUCAACACAGUUUCUGGACUUUAAUUAAAGGUUCAAAACCAUGACCUGUUUAAAGAAGGGUUUGUUGAAGUUAGUCUUAAAUAGGCCUUGGCCUUUGAAUAUGGAGGUGAAAUCAGCUUUACCGCUGCCGCAUUUGAGACUAUUUUUGAGUUUCUUCUUUUUACAUGUUAUAAACUGGGGAGCUUAUUAUUAACUUUUUUGUGGUGAUUAUUGGAUGUCCUGGAAUGUUCAGCAACCACCUCAUGCCACCGAGGGGCGUCAAACCUUGGCUUGAAUUACUUUUGCAAAUUAGCUGACUGCACAUUCAAUGUCCAGCCAGCUUUUUUGCAUAAAAAAUUUUUCCAGCGCAAAGCUCAUCAUGUUGCUUAUGAGUUACAAAUAAUGCUGUUGGAAUACCACAGAUGAGUUGGAUUAGGAAUAAUACUGAUUUUACAAUUUUCAACUCCCAAUAUUUGAUUUUUAAUGCUCUGAUUGGUUCACUCAACUCUGGUUAUCAGCCCAUGCACUGAAUCACAUUAUAUGGAAACUAAUUCACCCAAGUGUUUUAAAUUUUAGAAUUAAAACAGAUUCACAUAGCUCUCUUAGCAUUAAUGAAAAGCAGAGAAUUGAAUUAAGCAAUCACUCCAUUCACUCUUGUUAGAUGCAAGAUUAGUUAUAGCCAACUCAUUCCAAUGCUUGCACAUGAAAUGCCUGUAAAAUACUUGUGUGACAAGCUGUGAAUAAUUAUGUUACUGAAACUCAAUCAUUCAUCAAGUUACCAUCUCUCUUAUUCUAUUUACAAACAUUACGUCCUCAAAAUUGCUGAUCCUUGCAGUAGCAGGUUGCAUGUCACAUGAACUUUGUAAUAGACCUCACUCACUGUAGAGUAUCUGUGGCUCAGUGGCAGAGCAUCAGAGUGCAGAAUGUGAAGGUCAGCAGUUCCAUUCCUCAUGGGGACUCAGAAUUUUUUCUUUGUCCUAUGCUCACAUCAAGACAAAAACCAUCUUUCUUUAUUUCUCUACAGAGCUCAAAACUUACCACCUCUCCAAUUGCAAACAUGAUGCUAUUGAAAUUACUGAUCCUAGCAAUAUGAACUUUGUAAUAGACUUUGCUCACUUUAGAGUCUCUGUGGCUCAGUGGUAGCAUAUCACAGUGCAGAAUCCGAAGUUCAGAGGUUUGAUUCCUUGUGAGCACAUCUCAACUUUCGUUGCCAUUUUUCAUAAAUAUAUCUAGUUUUUCUGGCUGGGCAGUAUUUUUAAGCAAACACGUCCGUCACUACCUCAAGCCAAUAAAUAACUUAUGAAUCCUCUCUUUUCUCUCUUUCAAAUCACUUUGGUUGACAGAAAAAUAUUGGUUUCAGAAUGAAUUUGUAUAAGCAAUAGUGUCAUUACAUUGGUUGACAAGCGGCCUGAAAACCAUCUGAUCACAAUCGUUCACAAAAAGUGCAUAGAAAGUUAAAACAUGAAGUAUUUGGUUACAGUUAAACUGAACGAUGGAACUUUCAUUCAUUUAAUAUCUGAAUUUUCUCAAACAAUUUGUUCAUAGUGAAAGAACAACAGAUAUACACUCUCCGUGAGUCUUUCCAAGUCCGUUCAAUUUGGACAUUUGUACUGUAAAUUGCUCAACAGAAACUGAAGGAAUUUAAUGAGAAAAGGCCGCAUUAAAUCCCCUUGUGUUUUGUUGGAGUGUGCCAUUUGAAUUUAGUUUUUGUGGAGGAAAGACCAGAUUUACACACACCAUUGCAGCUAAGAAACAAACAAACUCUCACAACUUCAAAAUAAAAAAUUUGAAUUUACUCACAAUUACUUUCCUCACAUCUACUUAUUGAACAGAAGUAAAUCUUCAUACAUGAAUGAAUUGUUGAUGAGAGUGAAUAAUACUUCCUGUUAGAUCAUUGACUGUUACUGAAGAAAACAUUGUCGUGACAGCCUUGCCAAACUAGUUCCAUUGUUUCAAAUGUUCUUGUGCUUUUUUUUUCUUACGUGCUCUCUAAUUGACAGGUGUCAGAUUGUGACAGAUAAUUGUUAAAAUAAUGUUUCAAUUUUUUUUUGGAAGCCUUUUAAAUCACCUUUGUCAUUACAGAAAUGGAAAUGUUUCGGUGAGGCAUCUCUCUUUGAUUUGCAUCACCUCUAUUCUAACUAACAUUUAUUCACUCAAAUAUUGUUCAGUUUAUGGAGGAUCUUGCUGUAUUUGCAGCAACCAGUAACCGGUAAUCAUUUGGGUUCUUUUGGAAAGAAUUUCAUCAGGUUUAAAAAAAUUAAUAUGUUAUUUACUGGCUAAGGGUUGAUCCAUAUGGUGAAAAACUGUGACCUCAGUCUUGAAAUGCUGCCCUUGGCCUUUAACUGGUUGGAUUGUAUUUACCAGUGGACCAUUCUCUAGUUAGACCACUUUUACCAAUUGGACCAUUUCAUGCAUUAUGACCAUUUUCAAUAGUAUUACUAUUUUAGCCAGGAAAAUGAUUUUAAGCAUUAGGACUGGAUAAGUUCAUUUUAACUGAUUGGACUAUGUUAGCUGUUGGUUUGUUUUCUAUAGUUAGACUAUUUCCAUCUGCUGGACUGUUUUCCUUAGUUAGAGCAUUUACUGCUUGCUAGACCAUUUCCUUAAACUAAACCAUUUGUACCAGGUGAGUAGGUUUAUCUUUUUGGACCAUUUUUAUCAUUUGGAGAAUUUUAUGUAGUUAUAUCAUUUUUUUUUGGUUACACCAUUUUAACCAGUUGGAUUAUGAUUUAAUAUUUAAACUAGCUGGAUCAUUUGAUUUGGUUAAACCAUUGGACCAUUUGUAUAGUUAGACUACAUCAAUGGUUUGACCUUCAAUCUACCUGACCAUUUCUACUAGUUGGACCAUUUAUUCUAGUAAGACCAUUUAUUACCACUUUGACUAUUUAAUAUGGUUGGACCAUUUUAACUGUUCUGGUGAUUUAAAGAAGUUGGACCAAUUUUUGGAGUUAGACUAAUUUUACUGGUGAGGCCACUUAACCAGUUGGACAAUUUAAUUGGACCAGUUGAACCCAGUUAGACUAUUUGAACCAGUUCAUCUUGGUAGACCAUCUUAUAAAAUAACUCCUAUGCUACAAGCACCCUGAUUUUUGAAAAAUCUGUUGUAUUUAUGCCUGCAUACUUAUAGUUUAUAAAGAUGGUUAAAACAGUAGAAGUCAAUUUUCAUUAUACUUUACAAACAAUAAAUACUUCUUGCAACAAAAAGCCAAAAUGACACUGUCGACACUGUCAGAGAUAGAUGAAAACAUCCAUCAGUUUUAUGCCAAGGUUAUUAACAAGGAUAGCAGGAAUUAUGGUAGGGCAACUCAACUUUCACUCAGACAUAGCAUUGAGAGAUACCUCAAUAUGUCACUAAAAAACAGUGGCAUUUUGCUUAGCAAAGAAACCCCAAAUUUGUUAACUCAAACCAGUUGUUUGAUGCCAAAAUAAUGGUGACCAAUUGGACCAUUUUAACCAGUUGGCCCACUUUAUCUAUCUAGACCAUCUCAAGGGGUUUGACCAUUUCUUUCUAGUUAACUUACUUUAACCAAUUGGAGCAUUUAAACAAGCUGGACCAUUAUCUUUAGUGUGACUAUUUUCUCUAGUUAGACCUUUUUAACCAGUUGGACCAUUUUUACGGGUUGGAUCAUUUUAACCAAAUGGACCAUUUUUUCUGCUUUUUUUUGACCAGCUGUACCAUUCUCUGUAGGUAGACUAUUUUAACUGGCUGAACCAUUUUCAGGGGUCAUAUCAUGAGGUUUUGGUAAGGAUGGGAAAAUCACUCACACGCUAUGUUUGACAAUUAAUUAAUUUAUGCAUGAAAACGUGGAUUAAAUGUGUUUUCUCCUACCUUCCCAGAUAGGUUUGCUUCUUUCCCUAAAGUGGUUCUACUAUCUGUUUAAAUAUCUUGGGGUUGUUAAAAGGCCAAAAGUUUUACCAGAGUACAUAAUUCAAUAUAGCAACUGUGGUUGGGCGGUCUGAUAAAAUCAUCUAGCUUGUUUUUCCUUUUUUUUCUCUCCCACCUUGAAAAAAAAUACCCUUGUAGACCUCACAAAUGAAGGGGAAAUGCACAGAACAAUACUCAACUGGAAAGAAGCAGGUUUCAUAGUCUUCAAUCAACAAUGACAACAGUUGCAAUGAUAGAUAUGGAAAUAUUUUGUUGCACAGCUUUAGCAGUUUAAUUCUUGUUAUUGAGAUCAUUUGAACAUAUCCAUUUGGCUGCCAUUUGGCUGAUUUCAUAGUUACUCAGCAGCUGAUUUACCCUAUUUUGAUUUUUGACAGAUUGGAUUUCAUCAGACAUGAGUGUCUUUUGUUAUGCAAUCAUGUUGUGAGCUAUUUUGCUCCUUGUUUGGCCAGAUGAAUCUCAUUAGUCAGAAUUUUAACGGCAAGAUGCAUUUUAUUACUUGCUUGGGCACAGUUUUAUCAUUUCUCUGGUUAGACCAUUUUCUCUGGUUAGACCAUUUCUAGCUGUUGGACCAUUUUAGGUAACUAGGACAUCUUUGCUGGUAUGACCAUUUAUCAAGUAAGACCAUUUUAAGUGGCUGGACCACUUUCUGUAAUUAGACCAUCUGUACCAGAUGAACCAUUUCAUGUAAUUAGAAUAUUUUCAGUAUGAUGAUUUUAUUGAAUAAGACUUUUUUAAGUGCUUGGACCAUUUUAUGUAGUGAGAUCAUCUAAGCAAUUGGACCAUUUUCACCAUUUUCAUCUGUUGCAUCUUUUUUACUAUUGUGAUCAUAUUUGUUAGUUGGACCAUUUUUCUUGUGUGACCAUUUAACUGGUUGGAUCAUUUUAGCCUGUUUGACAACUUUUUCUUAUCAGACCAUUCCUAGCACAUGGAACAUUUUAUGUAGCUGGGCCAUUUUCACCAGUAUGACCAUUUUAACCAGUCAGACCAUAUUCUCUUGUUAGACCUUUUGCACUAGUUGGACCAUUUGAUUUAGUUAGUGUGCCUUUGCCAGUAUGACCUUUCUCAUGUAAGGCCUUUCUGUCAGUUGGACCAUUUUCCAUAGUUCGACAAAUUUUAAUGUAAACUGUCCUCAGAUGCAUGUGCAAUUCUCACUCACUCACAUCUCACUCACUCACAUGUGAAUCACCUCAGGGACCCAUUUCUUUACAGUCUCAGGAGCUAUUUAGACCCAAAGUCAUGUUUUAAUCCCUAAUUCUGAGGAGUAGUACUUUAAACACAAAAUCCCAAAAUCCUGGCUAUUUUAUCUUGGUAGCUUAUAUUAUUUCAGGGACCAGCUUCAUGACAGCCCCAAUAACUAUUUUGGCUCAAAGCCUUGUUUUAAACUCUAGUUCAAAGAAGUAGUAGUGUAGGUUUAAACCCAAAAGCCUUGCUAUUCUUUUUUCUCCUCUCUUGUUAUGAGCAAGACAAAACUUUCCAGCACUCAUCUAACCUCCAUCACCCUUAAGGACAUAGACAUCCAUCUUCAGGCCAUUAAUAAGAACAGACUGUCAUUUUGAGAAAAAAUUGCACAAACAUUUGAUGAAUUUUGGUUUCCAUUGACAAAAUAAAUAGAUGAGGCUCUUGAAAAACAGAUUUAUCACUUUCGUAUAAAACUAAUGAGAACUGAGGUUAGUAAUUCACUUGAUUUAUUUUUCUUUUUGCAGGUGAUUACCCAAGUAGCAGUGUUGAUCUCAAAAAUUGCCAGAAUGGGAUUGGGGGAUUGGCCAGAGCUAUUGCCAUGCUUACUGAAGGUUUGAAUGUGUACCUUUGUAUUGAAACACCUGUUCACGAACUUAUCAUUUCAUCUCUUAUCAUUUUCAUUAAAGCUUGUGCAGUGGGUAUUGGGCCACAAUAGGCCAUUUUACAGUUGUAUACUUAGUUGCCUAUUUAGCAUAAUAACAAAGCAAUAUACAUUUGAAAAGCAGCAAGGUUUGUAUUAUAACAUGGUCACCCUUAGCCUCACUCCUUUUAAAAGGCUUGGCAACCAAAAUUGACUAUUGUUGUUGAAAAGUUAAACACUAUACCUCCAGAUUGGUGAUGUUCCCCAACUGCAGUAUUUUGCUGUAGAGCUGAUUGUCUCUAGCUGUCUUUGCCCUGGAAUAUGGUUACUUAACUCAUUUCCCAAAAAUUUAAGAAAAAAUAAAUGGAAAGCUUAAUUUUUCAAAAGGAAGUCAGUAGUAUUACACAGACCAAAGUUGCUAAAACUUGUUUAUAAAACUUACAUGCACUCUGAUCUUGUGCACUGAUCACUGUCAUUAGAGCAAGGUGAUGGCUCUGUAGUAGUGUGCUCACUCUCAGGGUUGAAACAUUUGUAUUUAUAGGGGGACUUCAAUAUGCAAAUGAGUCACUCACUCAGUUACUCAGGUGUAGACACUGUUGAUUGACACUGUGGUAGUUACUCAUACCUAACUCACUUGACCUUGACCUUGACACCAUUAUCAUGGAAAUAUUAUGGAAAAAAAAACUUGCAGCCACAUAAAGUGCAUUCUGUAUCUGUAGGUGUAUCAGGCAGAACAACUUAGAGGUUUGAUGCAAAAGGGGAAAACCUUGUAAACAAAGAUCAUUGCAUUACAAUGCAAAUAUUUAUAGAGUGGCUGUGAGACAAAACAUGGCAUACUUGAUAGAAGAGGAAAAUAAUAUAAUUUGGCUUGUGCAGGCAAAGGAAUAUUUGGAUCACAUCAUCUAAAUUUGAUGAACUUUGCAAACAUAUUUUUGAUAAAUGCAGGAUAUUCUCUUGUACUAUUUCUGUAGACUACCUGAGGUAUGCAUUUAUUAUUCUUUGGACAUGGAUAGUUACUAUCAUUUUAGAUUUCUCCAUGACUUUGGAAGCUUUUGAGCAAAGUCAAAGUGUCUAAUUCUUUUUUGGAGUUCUUUUAGUCACUAAUCUUUAGAAUGCAAAUUUUGCUACAAAACAAAAAAUUCUAAGUAAAACAAAAACCCAGGUUUCAUUACUAGAUUACUUUAUCCCCAAGUUGGCCAUAGGUAUUCUUUGACUUGAAUUAGCAAUCACUUUCUUUCAUUAUUUGAAAUGAUUGAAAUCAAUAGUCAGUAAAUCUCUGUAGAACAAGAAAUAUCAUUUUAACAUGUCAAGCAGAUCUCUCAGAUAUAACUGUGCAGUAUUUGUAAGCAUCAUCACGGAUAAACUAGCUGCUGCUGCUGCUUGUUAAAAGAAUUUUGACACUUUUUUUGCAUUUAUAGAAAAACAACAACAACAAAAGAACAAGCGUUGAAUGAUGUUUGAAAAUAAUUUCUUGAGAUGGAUAGAAGGAUGGUGUCUUUGUUGUACUUUAAAGGUCAAAAAUGUUUCAGACAAUUAAAACAAGAUUCACCAAAUGAAAAAAAGUCACCUGAACACCAUAAUUUUGUUUUAAACAUAGAAAAGCUUUUAAACGGUGUUGGCACUCAAAGAGAAUCACAAGUCUUAGGUUUGAAUACAUUGCAUUAUGUAGUAAUAACAUUCUUCUUCAUGUUAUUUCUCUCUUUACAUAAUCUGUCAAUGUAGGAAGUGAAAAGCCAAGAUCCACUGCAUCAGCAGCGGAGUUUACUGGUCCUGAAUCAUGUGAUUAAAAUGUUGGCAUCCAAGAGAUUGAUCCCUGAUAAACAACUAUUUAGAAAGGUAACAUAAUAAUAUAUCAUUUAGGAGCAUUAAAGGGUGAAGUUAAAAAGAAGUAGGCAACAGAGAAUAGAAAAUUCUAUAUUCUUCACUUAAAGAACAUUACCAGGUACAUUAAAAUAUUUACUUCAAACUCCAUUUUUUAGAUUUCUAAUAGUAACAUAACUGUUUUAAAAUUGUUUUAAAAUGAUGAUGACAUUUUGAAAGCAACUAAAAAACCUGGCCACACACACUGAAUGAUCUAACUUUUGAAACAGACCCCAGUGGAAAGAAAACGAGUGAGAUUAUUUCUUGGUCAGUUAAGUAGCUAGAUUCAUGGAGCAUUAUUCAAAAUGAUGGCAUCUAUGGCUGAAUUUUGAGCACUUAAUAAGAUAAUUUUCAAAAGCUUAAUUUGCUCUUUUGAAUCUCAAAAUGUGGUCAGCAUUUAUAAUUCAGUUUAUCAUGUAAUAAUCAGAUAAUAAGGCAAUAGUCUACCAAAAUAUUAAUAUACCUUGCUCUAAACUGACAACUGAAAUAAAAUAUUUAUCCUUAGGAAUAGAAUUGUUAUGGUAAAACAAGUAGCAGGUCAAGUUAGCUACUUAGGGACAUUAAGCAAACCACAACAGCAACAAGAAUGGCAAAGGCCUCAUGGGAAGGACAUUAGCCAAGCAUAUGUGUUUUUAAACUUUUUAUUGUUUUGUAGUGCAGAAUUACUUGGAGGCAGUAGUUUAAAAUUGGCCAAUGUGGUGCAAGGAUAAUUUUAAAUUACAAUCACAAUUAACCCUGAAUUGCAUGCCAUUAAGUCCAAUUAUGUCUUGUGUUGAUAACAAAAUGCGACAAACUCAGGAAUAAAAAUUUUUAAUGCAGGAGCACAUGGCCUUCUUACUGGUAGUGAAAAAAGCAAUCAGCCAAUCUAUUAAAGUUCAUUUAUUUCAUUAAUUUUUAUGAUAGAUAAGAUAGAUAGAUUCUUUAUUGAAAUACAUUGCAGCUCGUAGAGCUGAAUUACGUAUUUUCAUUAAAAUUCUAAUCGAAUGUACAAACUUACAAAUUGAAUAAUACCUAAGAGCUAAUGAUAGUAAUAUCUAAAACAUUUAAAAACUAUAAACUAUAAACAUGUCAUCUUGUUUAGUUUAUGUUUUUUGUUUACAUUAUCAUGUUUAGUUUAUUUCAUCAUGGACCUCUCAACUUGCUCACUCCAGAAGUAAUUUUUUAAUGUUGAUGGGCCAGCAUUAGUGACAUAUUUGAGUUUUAUUGGCUGAUGUCUUAAAAUGCUUAAUUUUAUUGGCUGCUUACCUGUCAGAUUUUGCAUGUCUAAUCACAAACACUUAUAAUUGGGUUGGUGAAGUAUGACAGCCAAUUAAGCCAUAUAUAAAAAUUAGCUGCAUAACUGUGUCAUUAACAGAAUUCUUGAAUAUGAGUGGUUCAGCCCUUAUAAAUGGCAUAGUAAAUGACUUGAAACAGCCAAAUAAGCCAUAUAUAAGGGCUGUUGAGAACCACUCAAAUUCAAGCAAUUUUUUUUAUUGACACAGUUAUGUAGCUUAUUUUUUAUUAUUGACUCUCAUAUUUUCUCUUGUUUAGAUGACUUUGGAUAUUUUUGGCUAUAUUUUACACCUGUGGCAGAGCAAGACAGCAUCUCUUUUAGAAGCAUUCCAAGUUAAGGUGAAUUGUACAUUACCAUCCAACGGGAAUCAAAACUUUAUAUUUCUUGCUAAGUCCUGUCAGAUUUUUAAUUCUACUUAUUGCUUUCUCUGUCUCACUGAUCCUAAUUCUCACAAUUAUUGUUAUCCAGAGGCAAUGAUAAAGGCUUGUUCAGCUUUCCUUCAUAAUAUUUCAGGUAUCUUUCAUGCCUCUUUUCUAUUAUCCAAAUAUGCCCCCAUCCAAACGUUUUGUGAUAGUGUGAGAGUUUGUAACUAGAAUCACUGCAAAUUUAGUCGCCAAAAUUCUUCAAUUACCUUAACAACCAAAGUGUUUGUGGCUUGGGGCACUGCUGGUGAGAUGGGGUACAGCAGACAUAUACCCAAUCAGAAAAAUGGUAUAGGUAGAGUCAUAGAUAUAUCCAAACCUUUUCUUAGAGUGUAAGAGUUCACAGCUAGAAUUACUGUGACAGUCAUAACCCAUAUUGUGAGCCUUGAUGCAAAUUUAGUUGCCAAAAUUCUUUAAUUAUCUUUAGUAAGCAACCAAAGUGGUUGAGGUUUGGAACAUUGGUUGUGAGAUCGGGUACAGCAGACAAAAACUCGACCAAAAAAAGACAUAGAUGCAAUCAUCUGGUGAACCUUUUUCUGGAUUAGAGUAGAUCUGAUUUGCAAAAGACUCAUACAGAAGGAGUUGCUUCAUUUUUAUCUACCAAGGAUGCUCAUAGACCAAAUGAGGGUUAUAUGACUACAUCCUCUAGCAUUGUUAUUGGUUUUCCCUCUGUCAGUGUUCAUUGUUGUCUGGAAAAAUUGUGAUAGAAGAGUAUGUAAAUGUGAUUUGUGUGGAGUUAGUAAUUGAUUACGUCUUUAUCAAUAUAUAUGAACUUAGCCAACAACCACCCAACUUAAACUACAAAAACAUCAUCCCAACAGGAUGAUGGUCUUUCCUAUAGUUCAUUAAGAUGGCACUGUAAUUUAGAAAGAUUCACACAACUAGCCCUUUUACCAGGUGCUUCUUCCUUCUGCACUUUUUGUUGCCUUUUUUUUGGAAUCUGCCUCCACAGGGUCAUGCCACUGAGAAAUAGUUUGUAGUAAACGGUUUAUGGUUGGUCUGUUACUGCCUUAACAUUCUCAGACACCAACAUAAUUAGUGAAGUCAGCAAUAGUCUUUGAAAUCAAUUGCUAAUUCCUCCAAAUGUAUCCUCCUUUCCUGGGAGGUGAGGGAUGUCAUCAGUUGCACCUCCAUCUCAACUAACAAUUAUAUUCCUUACCAAUUAUGAAAAACAACAAAUUACCUAAACAAUGACAAAACAUUUGCUCUCAUGGAAUCAAGGAGCUUUCAUCACCAAAUGCUGGUCACCAUUUAUUUUUUCUAAUUAGAGUUUGUCACUAUCAUCACUCACCUACAUGUACCUUGUUAGAGAUGAAAGCAGCCAUCAAUGGAGGGCAGAUAAGGACAACUGAUUGAGGAAGAUGUAAUGCCAACAGAAAUGUUUAAAGCUGAAGAAAUAGAAAUACCCCACAAUACUAACACAUUCAGGGAUAUAUAAGAUAGUGAGCAAAUCCCUGAAAUAUGGAAGACAGGACUUAAAGUGAAGUUGCCCAAGGUAGUAGAUCAAGUGAAAUGCAACAUCUGGAAAGGGGAAUCAUUCACAAGCACAGGCCUUGGACGGGUAAUUAAGACAGCAACAAGCAGGCUUUUCCCAUUUAUGGUUUUGCUCAGAUUAUGUGUUUACCCUGAGGCAGAUUCUGGAGCAGAAAAAAGAAUAGACCACUCUGCUAUAUGUCAAUUUAAUCAAUCAAGAGGUGAUGAAGAACAUCAUUUACAAGCUAGAAGUCUUCCAGAACAGAUGCCUGUGAAGAAUUAUCUGCUUCAUCUCUAACAAUGAGCUGCACAGAAGAACUUGAGAUGGAUUAGAAUACCAACAUCAGACACAUCUAGAGUAAUUCUCUUUACCACAGAUGAAACAAAGGCUGUCCUAAAGAGACAGAGGCUGGACACAGGGAGCAGCUUGACUGCCUGGCAAGGGACAGAAAUCAAUGGCAUUUUCUUGCAGAGUAUACAAUAUGCCAGAAAGUGUUUUAUACCCAUGAAAAAAAGGCCUAUGGCAGACCAGCCUUGCACCUUCCCUUGUGUGAGACUUAUUAAACACCUGCAAUUAUGCAAUAUGUCAGUGGUUAUGGUAGCUCCUCUCAUAUGACAGGGGAAUCUUUUGUUCAUAAUCAAUAAGAUAAGACACCCAAAAUGUAUUACACUUUGCAAAAAUGGUUUGAAUGUGCCCAAACCAGCUCCCAAUUUGCAUUAUGAUGCAAGAGAAUUGUGUAUGAAAAAUUUCUUGUUUCACUGCACGUGAAUCUAGUUCAGUUGAUUUAUUUUUUUAUUAUUUUUUUUUAUUAUUUUUUUUUUGCAGGAGUACACAAGAAGUUUGGGUCCACUAGAACUGAGUUCCCUAGCACUGAAAGGUACCAAAUGUAUAUGGAGAUGCAUUUAUGGUUAUUACUACAGUAAAGAAACUUAAAUUUGGAUAUCACAUGGGUUGAAUUCAGUUCUUAUCAAUAUUGUACUCCUAAUGAUACAUUCAAGUCUUUCUCAUAGAAGAUUUUUUGAAUUACAAAACAUUUUGAUAACAGACAAUUAUUGAUUUUGGUGUGGAAAACUAAUAGGUCUUUUGCACCAAGUGCCAUUUUGUGGCCAUAUUUUAUAGUUAUUGGGGAACAUGUAAAGGGUCUCCCAAAAAAGUGUAAGUGUAAGUCUAAGGUGUACAGGCACCUUCAAAGGGAAUGAGACCUUAUUCUCAUGUUCUCCAAAAAGGAGAAUAUGGAUAUGGUUGAGUGAUAGGGGCCAACUAGCCCAUUACUGCUGAGGGUCAUCCUGCUCUAUAAUAUUGCAUUUGGAAAAUUGGGGCAGUGCUUCUCCUCCUAAAUGGAAUGCUCAUGUAGCACAGAUAAACCCCUCUUGCUAUCAGGCAAAAUCACUAAGACCACUUCUCCCCUUCUAAGAUUUUGUAAAUUAUUUGCAAGAAUUGUUGUAGUUUUGUGAAAGUGUUUAACUUUUUUCCCCUAAUAUUACAAAAAAAAUGAGUGGGAUAAUUUGUUUCUUUCAAUUGACAUUUGAAAUUAAGCAUUAUCGACAAACAUGAAUUCUAUGUAUAAUUUCAAGCACAGUGUCAAAAAUCCUUUAUUAACAAAUGACCUGAAGGACUUUCUUUCUUCUUGAAAUAGUUUUGAGAAAGUUACUUGUCCAUGGGCUGAAGGAGUUUGACCCUACAUCACAAGCAGUGGUAUGAAAAAAAAAAAAACUAGUUAAAAUACACUUAAUGAUUUUAGCCCGCCAAGUUUCUUGCUCUUCAAAUAGUAGUAAAGCUUUGUUCUUGAUGCCUUUUGUUGUCAACAUAGUAAGGCUGUGUCACUCUCUAGUACUUGUUUGAAGGAAACCAUGUCUCUGAAGCAAUCAAAAGACAGACUGUACUUUGUUCUUUUAUUGUCUAUUAAGCAACAGAAUUAUAAUUUUGGGGCUUAGUGGUUUGUAAUCUUUGGUUGAGGAGAGUGAUGACCUUAGUUGCUUCACAAUAUCCAAUUUCCUUAGCAGUACUUUCCUCUCAACACUUUUUUUUUUUUAAACCAGUAACCAAACUUCAAUGGUUCUCACGGUGUUUGAUUCUAGGGCUGUCUUUCUUCUCCUGUAUUCUUGUUUUGGUGGGGGAAGGAGACCUAUUUAAAACACUUGUCAAGGGUGUCAAAUUAAGUUUUGUUCUUCUAGAGCACAAAUUUUAUUGGCCAUCUGAACAAUCAGAAUUCUUCCUUUGUAGCCUUUUCUUUCUCUGAAUUACAUACUUUUUAAAGCAAUUAACUUUCCCUCUCUUCUUAAAUUUCGGUUAAGAAGCAUUGUUUUGUAUAUCAUUAUUGUUUUAACAGUUACUAAUAGUAUUAGUGUUAUCUUCAUGGUCACCAUCAUUGUCAGUCUCAUCAUCUUCAUCAUCAUCAUUAUUACAGUACUGUAAUGAUCACUUGCUGUUAAAAAUGUUCUAGCGCAACUGGCUUCAGGCUUAGUGAAGUUGUCAAGAAAAACUUCACUCCUUUUUGAGGUUCCUUCUGGACCUUGACUGAUACAAAUUUUAUUCUGACUGAUCAAAUAUGUAGUAUGCUCUCUUUCAAAAUUACCAGUUUUUGUCAUUGUCCAUCGUUAUGUUAAUUUAUUUAAUUGAUUUACAUAACAAGGAUGAUGGUUUUUUUUCUUAUCCACAGAGUCUUUUGGAAGCAGUACUUGAAAAAAUCAAAAUGAUGUUGCAUUACAGUAUGUAGCAUCUACUAGUUAAAUAUUAAAUAUCUUACUGUCUUUUAUCAAAUUUAUACUUUCUAUUGUUUGUUUUUAACUCUGCUCCUUACAAAGAAAUGAAACUGAUAAUCACUCAUCACCUAUUCAAAAAAGUAUACCAACAAUCAUUAGGUGAAAGUUUGAACAGUGAUGAGUGCAUGAACAGGUUUGCUUAUUUUUUUAUUUCUAAUUAAAACAGGAAAAUCAGAAAAUAUGAGUUGCAGCACACAAGAAAAAGUUGAAAAAUAUGUAAUACUGUUAACCAAAGUGGUGAGUAACCAAUAAUGUAUUUUUACUUGUCAUGUUACAUUCACAGUGCCAGUAAAGAGAGAUUUUAUGAUUGUCAGGAGGUGAACAUUAAGGGUAAUUUUAUUUGGUACAUGUGUAGAAAGUAUUGUGUGCAUUUCAUCAAUUUGCAUGACCCCUUUGGGUUAUCCAAACUUAUAAGUCUGCAAAAUGCAUCAGGGCUGUGGUCAUGAAUUAACAAAAGAAGCUCACAUGGUAGUUCGAAAAUGUUUUGUGUUCUUUACAUGUAAUGGCCAACACAAGCAAAGCAAAUUUUCAACAACAACUAUGAGUUUCGCUAUGAAGAGAAGAUAUAUUUUACAGACAAGCCUUGAAUCAUUUUAUUUAAUGUAGUUGAGGUAUCCAAGUACUUAUCAUAAACUGCAAUAUGAUAUUAUAGGGAAGAAGCUAAGCUAAAUUCUAACAUAUGAACCAACAUUCCAAUCAUUCUGAUAUAAAAGCAAGAUCCAAAAACUAGCUAAAACUCAAAAACAAACUCACAAAGAGACUAUCUUCAAAGGAUAAAGGAGAAUGACUUGAAAAUGAACUCUAGCAAAAACUAAUAGCCAAGUGGGAAAAAACAUGUAGAGUUCUAACAAAGCAUGAACAACAUAAGCCACAUGUUACAAGUUUGUGAAAACAAGCAAUAAAGAAACUACUGUAAAAACUAGGUGAAACUACCAAAUUAAAAGACUAGAUAUUAAGACAAGCACACGGAAAGGAACAUAGGCACCUACAUAACAGUCCCACUUGUAAGAGUUUGACCAAAACAAACUUCAAGAUAAGGUGGGCAAAAGGUGCUCUUCCAAUAAACACAUCUUAUCAUUAGCCCAAAGCAAGACAAUUAACUAAAAUGUGGUUCUGGGUGGAACUUAAAGAUCACAUCCCUAAUGGACAAACAGUAAUGUCAUUAUUGCUGUUUAACACGUUUAACACAAAGUAAACUUAUAACAAAUCAAUGUCCGGUGGCAAAGUUGUGGCAGCUGUUACAUUACAUGACAGGUAGAUUGAAUAGAUUGCACUCUGAUUAAUACUAUGCACAUUAGCUAGCAAAAAUGUUAUACUUUGAUUGUGAACUUGUUCGCUCAAACUUUCAGGGAAACUUCACAAGAACUGGGAACAAAUAUAUACCCUAUAGAAUGUAUGCUUAGCCUAACUACAUAAGUGAAAAAAACUUAUUCCCAAACUAACAUUAUGGGGUACUAAAUUUUAAUGUUCUGAUUUAAAUUAACAAUUGGUUUAUGUGUCAGUGUGCAUUCAAGGGGAUAUGAAGCAUCCAAGAAAUUUGAAGAGUUCAAUAGAAGUGAAUGAGUGGCUAGAUUUACAACUGUGGGCAACUCUGGCCUCUUCAAUGCUCUCAAAACGUCCUAAGUGCUUCAUAUCCUCAUGCAUGCAUAGCUGAUGUAUAAACCAAUUGUUUUACAACAUUGUUAAUGCACUAUUUUGGAUGUUGUUUUCUCAUAACCCAGAAAGUAAGUAAAAUAUAGAAUUAAAUUGGUGAAAAAAAACUUAUUCCCAAACUAAAAGAAUUAUAGCCUUUGUCAUAAUCUACUAAGAAAUCAAUUUGCACAUUCAUCACAUUUACCAAAUAACUGCUUGCUAAAAGGUAAGGCAAAAAAGAGUGGUAGAAAUAUUUUGAGGAACUCCAGGCAUUUGUUUGGUGAAGUCAUUAACAUGCACAAUAGGGUUAUGAAGCACACUUGCACCAUUGAGUUUAGGUAGGUAAUUUGCCAGCUAUGUUAUAAUUGGAAAUUUCCCUCUCCAAAGUUGAUUUGCCAUGGAGCAGAAUAUCUCACUCAUACCACUGUCUAGCUUGGUUUCUACCUAAAUGUGCUUGGUAUAUUCAAUAUUUAUGCUUCCUCUGUUGCUUGAACUCUUAACAUCUCUCUCCUUAGGGGUUUGAUCCUCUUCUCUCUAUUCACCAACAAAUUCAUACACACAGUACAAAGCACAAAAUGCUGGUACCUAAUGAAUACAUUUGUGUAGAACUGUUCUAUGAUCAAAUUCACCAUCUUUCACAAAUGUUCUUAGGCUUCCUAGGCUUGGAAUUCCCUUCCCUGUGUUUUUACAUUAUCGUCUACAUUUUUAGCUUCAAACCAUUGCUACAAGAAUUUCCUUUUCACAUAACUUUGAAUAAAACUUCUGUCAUCUGAUGUAGUUUAUUCCAUCACUUGAAUAAACCAAUGUUAAUAAGCUGUCAGCUUCUUUUUGGACUUCCUUCCUAUUUUCCUUGUUAGAAAGUAACUGUUGAAAGACUUCAGUUAGUGUUUUCAUGUUUACAGUAUAUGAGAAAUGAACAAUAGAAUGAACUUUAACAUUGAAAUUUAGUGCUUACUGUUCUUUUUCAGCUGAUAGACAGCCAAGAACACCAUUCAUUAUCAUUCUUACCCCUAAUGCAGCCUGUACUAGAACUCUGCUACAACUACCUAUUUACAAGUGAAGGGAAAGGUGAGUUGCCUAAGUAGCUAUGAUUUCAAUUUGGAAUACAUGUAAUUAUCUAAUCUAAACUGUCAUAGUGAUAACAAACUUUAAAAGAUAUCAUUAGCCACUUAUUCCAUUGUUAAGGGAAACAGAAAAGGGAGAAAAGUCAUCUUUCAUCAAAGACAAGUUAAGACAAGUUUGACACUUAUACCAAGGUUGUAUCACUCUUUUGCAGCAUGUUUAUUCGAAACAUUUGCUCUUCAGUGUUGUAAGCUUAUCAAAAUGAUUGUCAAGUGUGAGAUGUACCAACCUCCCAGAGAAAUUAAAGGUAAGGGCCACCAGUACGUAUGCCAACAAAGAUGCAGCACACAUGAUUAAAUAAAGAAACACAUUCACCAUGAUGGCAAUCACAUCCAGGAUGCUUGAAGCUGCAACAGAGCUGGCAACUUUGAUUGUUUAAAGGGUUGAAUUUAAUGUCAACUUGCCCACAAAUUUAUUUAAAAGAGCAAUGUUCUUGUUUCUGUCCAGGUUGACCAUCUAUCAGUUUGUUUUUGCCAUUUUGUCCUGUAUUUUUAAAAGUACACCACAAUUCAAGUCUACAAAGCACCUAACUUUGAUCAGUAGGUCUUUCAUUAUCACAUUCAAGUAUCAGAACUUUGCUGUGGCAAUGGUUGAGUGAAACUCAUUUUUUUUUCAGUAUCUGCUCCCUGACUACUAGUAUUUAAGUAGAAAAUAUGACCAAGUGGGCAGACAUUAAUUUGAAGAAAUAUUGGGAGAUGAUUGCUUUUUCAUUUACACAUAGCACUCCCUCCCAAAUUGAAGAUACAAGACAUGCUUAAUGUACUAAACUUUAAGGUAUUAAAGCAGACUUAUAUCUAACUAGAUGGGAUCAUCAGUUCUGCUUGUAGUUCUGCAUGCAAUAAAGUACAUUUAUAAUUUGAUGCAUGCUCCUCUUGUUACAGAAACAAUUGAUACUAGUGUUGAAUGGAUGUAAGAGAAAGUGGUGCAUGUAGACAUGCUUUUAACUUGACUCACUAAACAUAUGUAUAGAUGUUCAAUAUAUUUGAAAACUGUGUUGAGGAUGGUAUCAUGACUGCCCCAGGUUAUUUGUGUCCAUAAAUUAUAGCUCAGCUACUCAAGGUUUCUAACUACACAGAAUAAUCUAAAUUAUAGAAACAACUCCUAAAGAGAUCCUCAAGGCACACCAGGUUUGUCAAUAAACUAUUAACUUGGAAUAGUAAUUAAUGCAGUGAAAAAUCUGUUAUGGCCACAGCAGAACCCCACUAGCUUGUCUUAUUUAGAAUUACUCCAUUCAGGAGUUUUCAGGGCAUGGAAUGGACACCAUAGCAGAGAGAGGCUAUGUUUGUUACAUUUUACACAAAGUGGAAGAGUUUUUAGAUGAGUCUUAUUGUAAUUUUUCUUGAACAAGAUAUUGAAAAUACACAGCUCUUACUCUAUGUAAGAUGAACCGUGUUUUAAUGACAACAUAUCACUUGUAACAUGAUCAAUCACUUUAGCAAACUUUGCUGGUUACAUAUAUUGUGAUCAUACCUGUGUGUCAUGAACUUGAUGAUGUAUACAUCGUAGUUGUAGCAAUAUUUUAGUUGAACAAUAAUCCUAUUGAAGAGAUAUGGCAGAGGACUUAGGCGAGGGUAUUGGCACUUAAAUUUACAGUUUUGCCAAAAUAUUGACAGAAGAUUGUGCACCUAUUACCCAGUGAUGUACAUUUAAGACAAUCAAAUUAGUGGAAAAGUGAAUACCAUUUUUACCUUAAAAAAAGUUUAACAUUUUCUAAGUUUUAAGAUGAAAUUCUUAAACAUUCUGGCUCAAUUUUCCUUCCAGAUUAAGACUGCCUUCUUUACACCGCCAAUGCUAUCUGAAACUAUCCAGCAACUCAUUUUAUUUUAUCUUCCUCUUACUGCUGAGGUAAGUUAACAUAGCUAUGAGUAUAAGCAUCUAAGACCACAUUUUUAUGUAGUUAGACAUUCACACACCUGUACUUUUGGAAAGAAGUGGAAGGUAUUGGUUUUUUUUUUACAGUAGCACAGUAUUGCAAGGAAAAUACACUGCUAUUGAUUUAUGGAGAAAAAAUCUUUACUGUAUUGUUAUGAUGCAAUAACUUGACUGAAACAGUAGCCAUUUUUUUUUAUUUUUGGUUUUUAUUUUUUUUGGUUGGAUCAGCUUUACUUCUACACCCUGUUUGAAUUAAAGUUUAAGUCUAUUGAAAUUCAGCAUCUUUCAUUCCUUCAGUGGCUAUUUACAUAUCUCAACUGAAAAAAUUGGAACAAAUUCCAUGCACUCUUCUUUUAUGACUUUCAACAAGACAUUUCUGAGAGUUCUGUGAUCAUUGGGAUGCUUUACUUAAAUUUGGCCUCAUUUCUUCAUUGUAUUUGUGUCCAAUAGCUACGAAGAAUGAAUGCUUGCGAAUAGUUUUUGUGAUGUAUAAAACUGUUUAAAAUGAUUUAAAAAGUUAUCUAAUGACAAUAAUAUUACUCAUUGCAAUUAUAAAAAUGUGCUGCAGCUUUCUAAUUGACUUUGUUCUCCAUGGGAAGAGAUAAAUUGUGAUGUAGACCAUAAGUAUAUGAUUUACAUUGUAGGAUUUGAAAAGUUGGGAGUUGGAUCCUGAAAAUUUUGGUAAGGCAUAAAUUCCUUUACUUCAAACUUUCAGUUCAAGCAUAUUAUUUUGUCAUUUGAUUGAUAAUACAUGUUUGAAGUCAUACCAUUUGAAACAUUAAUGAGCAGAGUAUCAGAAUAGCAUAUGUAAAGUAUUAAUGAACAGAGAUGUCUUACCAGUAUCUCAUUUUCACAGUUAGUGAAGAGGCUGGUGAAUCAUGGCGAUAUAAUCUAAGGGUAUGUUGCUUCAUGUGAUGUUAUAGCACUGAGCCUGCAUUAGCUUAGUAAAAGCCAUAGUCUAAGUAGUUAUUGUAGUGUCAUUUUCAUUACAAAUGAUGGCUCAAUAAAUUGAUAAAUAGAAUUGUGUUGGUUAUAAAACAUGUAUAUACAGUGAUACUGUUAUGGGUACAGGUGCAAGUUCUGUUGCUGAAGCUGGAAAAUGUAUAAACAAGGGACUUUUUCAUAUCUCCUCAACAUCAAGAAGCAUGUAGCCUCAAUUUACAAUUAAGACCUAACAUACUAUUGUCCAUGAAAGUGGUUAAAAAACUAGACAUUUGGUACAUCAUGCAACUAUUUAGAUUCAGGUACCAAAAAAAAUUUACUCUACACCAAAUAAACAAUUAUUGGUGUAGCUCAUGAAGUUUCCAUGGCAGUAGUAGUAGAUCUUGUAAAUGCUUAUGGAACUGUUUCUGUUUUUGGUAUGGCAAGUGUGUUUGCUGUGGUUGUCGUUGUUUUGUGGAGUUGGUGCAGUUGAUCUGGUUUGUUGAUGUGGUGGUAGUUGUUCUACUUUGGACAUUUCUUGUGGCUUGUAAUUUAAAGCUUCACCUUCUCAUUUCACCUCUGUUCCUGUUAUUGUGGCUACCUCAAAGAACCCCAAAGGAAAUCUUUCCAUUUGACCCUUUUUGAAAAUCUACCACAGACAAGUUCUUGUGGUUGCCUAGACUCAAGCAGAAAUAAACCUGACUGGGGACAAGAUGAAGUUCUGGAUUAAAAAAUAAAGUUCUUGCACAUUUAAUAUUUUUUAGCAAUACUGUACUUACAGCAACUCUAAGAAGUUGCUUUUGGCUUUCCUUGUUAGAAACAGCCAGGACAGAUGCGACAAUAUUGAUACCCUUCAAAUUGUCAAAAGCCUCCUUUUGAAAUUCCUGGAAAACAAAUGUUGUAUUCUUUUGAGCAAGCUGUGAGUGAGCGUCCCAUACCUCUGCAUUAGGUUCAGAUAUAGCACCCUGCUGAAGAUUCAUAAACUCACAAACUCAGGCACUCAAAAUCCAAGCGCACAUAAAAAACCUACCUGUAGUUCCUUGUUUGAAUCAACAUCUUUACUUCCAGUGUAACUAUUUGCAGAGAGUCGCAUACAGAAUUCCUUUCCUAAUCAAUCUCAAUCACUAGGAGGACAAUUGAAUACUUGUUUACCUGACCUAAUAUUUUUCUAACACAAAAUAGUAAUGACAUAGGAAAUAUUGUCCUUUACAUCCUGGAGACAAGGCGCUGAUUUGUUCAAAUAGAGCCAAGAUACAUUUUUGACAUAAAACUUAAAGUUGUUGGAAACAGUUUUCCUAUGCUCUGACCAACUAUUGUUAGAGCACUCAAGGCUGGGCAUGGCAAUUGCUUUUAUUAUGCCAAUGUUAUAGGGAAAUCCUGUUACAUCAUUUUUUGGGAAAGUCACAGAAAAUUCUCAGAAUUUUCCUACAAAUCCAGGAUUUUCCUUAGGAGACAAGGCCUCUCUGCUAAGUUAACUUUAACCAAUAAAAAUCUAGCUGUCUCAAAAUUAUGAUGCUGCCAAGUUUACCAUCAACUUAACUGCCACAACAUGAUGCUGUGUAUGGAAAGAACUCUUGAAGUUUUAUGCGAUAGGUUAGAGUUGAGAUUUUUAACAUCUUUUCAGCUCUUUCAAAAGAGAAAUGUAACUGUACAUUGAUGAAGAUUGCAAUCCACUUCUAAAGUGACCACAUCAUGAGACAAACAAUUAUAUUUCUCAUUUGAAAGUGUUAUUUACCAAGAUGACUAACCAGAACCUAUUUUAUGAUAUGUUUCUAACUAUUGCACUAGAUUUAAAACGAUAUCCUCAUGUCAUGGCAUAGCAAGUUAAGAGUAUUUUCUACAAUAAUCUUUGAUGAAAUCUGUUUAUCCGGGAUAUGGCUCCAUAUAACUUUUCUCAAAAAAUGCAAAUAAUUCUAAUAAUUUCACAUACAUCAGCAGUACUAUUUGUCCAAUUUUUAAGCGAAUUACUUUAAUUAUAGGGAUACUGUUUCUCUGGGUCUUCAUGCAACUCACAUCAUCUCAAUGUCACAGAAAGUUGAUGUAAAAUAUUAUAUGUGUGUUGUAUCUCAAGAAGAAAAAUUAGGAAAAAUUAUAUGGGGUGAAAUAUUUCAAGAUAAAAAGAAUCUGUAGCAGCUGUUACAAAAUAAACAUAGGUACAAUUAAACAUGUGGUCCUGUUGUUUAUUACCAAGCAACAAGACAAUUGACAAAAGGAGACCAAAUUUUUACCUUUUUCUUAUCCUCUCUAGGCUUGUAUAGAGGUGUUGUAUUUGAGUCUUCUCAGUGAGUUCCGCAGCACUGUUACUCAAGUUGUCACUGAAAUGAUUAAAUUAUUGCAAGGUGAGGUAGAUUGAUGUCAUUAAUUGUAAAAUUGUAACAGAAUUGAACUCUCUGCUUCUGACUGAAUUAUUAUCAACAACAAAUUUAAGAGAUCUUCGCAGCUAAAAACACUACUGAACUAGUAGUUGAAAAUAGGACCUGAAAUCUCAUACAAGAUUUUAAUCCUGUAUCACAGAGGUCAUUGGUUCAAAUCCCGUACGGGCCUGAAUUUUUUUCAGGUCUUACUGCUAGUUCAGUAGUGUUCUUAGCUGUGAGGAUCUCUUAAAUUUGUUUCUUCACCACAGUACAAAUAUAUGAAUUUCAUAUAUCUAAAAUCAUUAUUAUCAACAAGCAACUCAAUUAUUACCUUUGAUAUAACAAAAUUGCCUCACUUGCUGCCUUUUUGCACCCCUUCAACAUGUAUCUGUGCUCUUCUACUAAGAAUUAGUUCAAAUGGAAUAUCCCCAAACAUCUUUUAGUUAGUGCCUUUGAAAACUUGCUCCCAGCUCAAAGAAAUUUAUCAGGACUUCUUUCUUAUAAUAUAUCUUGUGUAAUGAGAUGACAAUGAUGAUGAUUUUUUUUAUCAUUAUAUUUUUUAUUACUUUUUUUCUUUUCAAUGAUACAAAAAAAAAACAACAAUACCUACAAAACUUCUACAACAAGGUCUAACAUUACUUAGAACACUCAAAUGACCUCUGUGAUACUUGGUUCAAAUCCCGUACGGGCCUGAAUUUUUUUUAGGUCUUGUUUAUAGCUGCAAGGAUCUAUUAUAUUUGUUUCUUCACCACAGUGCACAUAUAUGAUUUUCAUAUAUCCACAAUAAUGUAAAAAUUAAUUUUUUGCCUAAUUUUCCAAAUGUGUGAACCUAUCUUCAACACUCUCUUGCUUGUUUUUGAUAAAAGCAGCAUCUAUUUCCAAGUGAGUGAUUGAGUUUUAAAUAAAUUUUUUUUCCUCAAAUGAUAUUUCUAAUGAGUUUUUGGUGACAUAUCACAGUUGUUUUUAGGGUCAAAGGUACACAAUUAUUUUGAUGAUUCCUUGAACAAGAAAAAAAGUCAAUUAUGAUUGACAGAGCUUUGAAUUUCAGCUCUUCAUCUUUCCAUCCUAAAAGCAAAAGAAGCUUUUCUUAUUUUUUUCCAUUAAGGGUCCCCACCAUCUGAUGACAUAAGUGUCCUAUUAAAGAAAGAUGCAGGUAUUGUAACAUCGAUGUACAUAUGCCAUGUUUUUUCUGGCCCUUCUUGUACACACACCGAAUUACAAUUUUUACAAUAGGACUUUCUCCCUAAACACUACAAUUACUUCAUGGUGUCUCCCAGCAACAUUUCCUAGUGGUGUGAUAGUUUCCCUUUUCAUACCGCAAAUCAUCAGAAGCUUGCACUUGUUUAAUAUUUGUUUUUAUUUUACAGUAGUUUAAUAAGUAGUUUAAGGCCUCACUAGAAACUAUUAUACAUUUGCUGUUAGUUUUUUUUUUUUCAUUUUUAUAGUAUAUAAUGCUUGUGGACUUGCAUCAUAUGACCUUUUUGAUGAAAUUGACUUUGAUCAAUGGUUCCUAACUCAACUACUUCAGGAAUUAAACAAUUCCUCAUCCAGGUAUGUGCUAACAACAUAUAAUGCAUAUAAAAGUGACAACAGAAAUGCUCUUCUUUGCUGGAAGAUUAUUUGUCUUUCAAGGCAAAUUAAACCAAUCUAAAAAACUAGCCAAUGAACUGCUACAAAGGAUUAAUUGAAAGCUAAUUAAGGAUUUAAGAAAAGCUGUUUACUGCUCUCCUUAAUUCAUAUUUAUAAAACGAUCUACCCAUGCUCAAAAAUGCACUCUUUUUGUAUGUAAAGUCACCUUGUGUCCAAUUAUAAAGAUCUGUUGAAUAGUAUCUAUGAUUGAAAUUUGUUACUAUUUACUCUAAAUUCUUUCCAUAUUUUCAAAAUUCUUAUUUCUCAAUUUACUCAAAGUACUAUUUGUAUCCUAAGAUAAGCUGUACUUUGUGUAUCUACAUACAUUAAAUUCAUCAGAGUUAGUCCACUUUUUUGAAAAUUUGCAUAGAAUGCAAAUGUUUUCCAAGUUUAUGUACAGUUGUUGUACAAUUUCUUUAGUUUUCAUUAUGAUAUUCACUUAAUACUUAAAACUUUACGUAAUUUGCGAGAACAGGACUCCAGAGGUAGAUGCCUGACUUAAUUUUUAUCAUGCAUAAUGAAAGAAAUAUACAUUGUACAUAUGAAUGUAUGGAGAGCAAUGUAUUUAUAUGUCACUGAAAUGUUGAUCUUUCCUCAGAUAUACUUGUAGUCCUUAUGAAAAUUUGCUCAAUAUAUAAUGAAAGUUUACCAAUGCUUGAGUGAACCAAUAGAAAUUAUUUUUAUUCAGAAAGUGAAGUGUGUUUUACUUUUGUCAACAAAAUGAAAAUUGCACCAUUACUGUGCCAUAUUUUCUCCAAAAAUUUAAAUUAAAAUGGUCAAAUGCAUGCAUGCGAUAGAGUAUAAUGUAUUUUUGUAUAAAAAGGUAAUAAACAUUCAGGGUGUCAUGAUCUCACUUAGACAUGAACUCCUUAGCAACUUUUCGGUGGCAAACAGCUUCAUUGGGAGAUCCCAUUUCAACUGAGCUUUGUGUACACUUGCAUUGUGGUGCUGUAUGUUUUAAAAAAGAUGAAACAAUUUCUCAUCAUGACACAUGAAAAAAGGAGAAAAAGUCCUUGGUUGAAAAACAAAGCAAAGCCAGGAGCAACUCAACAAGGAGGAAUGUUCUAAAUGUCUUGUCUUGGAUUUCUACAUAAUACCAUAAUUGAGGCGUGAGUGGCCCAGUGGUCAGAGCGCUGGACUCUGGGUCGGACGGCCCAGGUUCAAGUCCUGGAUGGGGCACUAUGUUCUGGCCUUAAGCAAGGCGCUUCACUCACCUUGCUUCGUCUUCUCGGAUAAGACGGUCCUGUCUCCUACAGGUUUGGGGUAGGAGACAUUAAUUUCCCACGCACGAGAUUACUGUGUGAUGGAUGUCCUCCCCUGGGUUGGGUUGGGUGGGUUUGUAACUUGUAAGGCCCAUCUGAAUAUAUUCAUAUAGAUAUUUGCGCCGAAUGAGUAUUUAUUAAGCUUUAUUAAGCUUUUACUCAGUUGGAAACUCGCUAAUUCAGGCAAAAGAAACAAAAAACAUAUAUAUCCUUGAUGUUGUAGUGGGCUAAAACCACCUCCUUAAAGGAGGAGUCUACCAGCAAGCUGUCAACUCACCAACAACUGGUCAACUCAUGGGUUGAUUGUGCUAAGCUAACAUGUAGGCAAAGUGACUGGGUAGCCACAAAGAAUGCUUUGGACAUCCUUUGACAAUCACCUCUAGAUACAUAACCAAGCUCAAAGAAGAACCCUUGUUGAAGCCAUGUGAUUGUAAGAUACUUUUGGCAUGGGCAGAUUAGAUGAAAGACUGCAAACAUAAUUUGUAACCAUCAGUUGACUGGAUAUGUGGAUGAGAUGAACAGUGCAAACAAGUCUUGUUGCAUAAGUUAUCAAGGUCCAGGCAAGAGCUGAAAACAGUCCUGUAUUCCCUUCUCAAAAAGAUGCAAAACAAUGGCCCCUUAAUGGCAUCAAGCAGGUAAUUAUUGGCACAAAAGAAGUUCAGGCGAUCAUCAGCACUAAUGCUCCUGAGGCAUUAUGGCUUUUGGAAGAAGGGUGGGGUGUGCAACUCUUAGCUGGACACUAAUGAGCCUAGUGGCAAAAUUGAAUGAACCAGAAUGUUAUGGAAAGUCAAUCUUCUUUCCUUAGCUGCUAAGAGAUGAUGACAAUUGUCUCAUGCAACAGCUCAGAAGCUUCUGAGUAAUGGAGAAGUCCAGAAUAGUUCCUAACACCAAGCCUGCAUUUCAACUGAUGGCAUGAGAGCUCUUGCAAUCAUGGAACAAUGAGUGAAACUGGAAGAUUGUUAUUUUCAAAAUACCAUAAACCAUUCCUGCCUGAUGAUUGACAACAGCAGAAUGGAGACUGCAAAUGCUUAAAAAAACUUUUUUAGACAGGGACCUGUUUGAAAAUUACAAAGCCACUAUGAAAAAGUGUGUGGAAAGAAUAAUCCAGCCACCAACAAAAGAGCUUCAUUUUGAGAAUAAGUAAUUGUGAUAACUAUAACUGCCUCACCACUCAAUGGUAACAAGCCCGGUAAGAAGAGUUUUUGCCUGUGCUGCAAAACACAAGGGAGCAUCCCUAGACAAUCAGCUUCUAACUGAGUCAGAAUUCAGUAGCCGUUUCCCGUUCAAAGGUUUGGUGCAGUGUUAGGGAUCAGUCGAUGGCUGAUAUUGUAGCAAAGGAAAGGCUUAGGUCAGGAUAUCCACCCAUGUAGGCAUGGACUACUUUAGACUCUUUUUGUUUGUCAAGGUAUUUGGGGUGUGAAAUAUUCUACACACUUGUUUAUCUGUUUAGUUGUCAGAGCCAUUUAUAUCAAAGUUGUACACUCAUUUGACACUGAUGGCUUUAUUAAUGCAAAUUUUAAGAUUUAUCAGCCUAAGAGGAUAUCCAAAGACCAUUUAUGAGGACAGCAGAGUAUAUUUGUGUACUCAUUACAGAGAGAUACAUGAUUCAAUCAAGGACUGGAUCAGAGAUCCAUCCAUAAGUUUCCCCUUCAGGAGAAUGUUUGAUGGAAAUUUAAACCACUUGCAGCCUCGUAUUUUGAUGGUGUUUGGGAACAAUUAAUUGGAUCUAUACUUGAGAUCCUUCUCCUCUUUCUAUCUCCACUGAAACACUGCAAACCUUGUUAAGAGAAGUUCAAGCAAUUGUAGCUACUGAACCAUUGUCUCCAGUUGGCAGCAGUCCAACAGAUUUGGGACCUGUACCCACAAACCACAUGGUGUUAAAGGCCAACCCAAAUUUACUUCCUGUCAGGUUCAAUAAAGAUGAUGUACACAGCAUCAAGUACAUGGCUGAUAUAUUUUGGAGGCCCUGGCUGAAAGAGUAUUUGCCAAUCCUCAAAGAGAGAGCAAAACAGACAAGACCCAAUGUAGGAAUUGGGAGUUUAGUGCUGAUUGCAGACUAGAAUGUUCACCACAGAAAUUGGCCUUCAGGCAGAGGAGUGCUGUUUUCCAAGGGAAGGAGAGAUAAGACAGUUCAGAAAAGAUUCAAACUAGCACAACAGUUCUUACAAGAUCAGUAGCACAGUGAUGCUUCCCAGAGGCAAGAAAGUAAAUUGAAUUGAGGAGCUGAUCUUAACUCUUCCAAAAAAGAAAGGAUCUAUGAAAACUAUUUACAAAAAAAUCGAAUUGAUUGAAACAAUCAAAAACAAUUCAAAUUGACGAUAACUACUGAACUAUUGUUAAGGAAUAAAUGCUUGUGUUGUAGAUGGGGACUCUAAAUGAACUGCUGCACUUGAGUAGUUCAUUGAAUUCAUUGUCUUUCAAAGUGAACUUGAAGCAGACAUGAUCAAAAACAAGCUUCCUAUUUCAAACUUUUGUUUUGUGACACAAAUUUGAAGAAAUGGCACUCUUUGUCUCAGGGAAAUCUUUCUUUAAAAGACUAAAGUAUUUGCAUUAACUCUUGCUCAAACUACAAAUAAAAACUUUGCAAGAAGAAGGAUGAAAUUGGCUCAUUUCCUUUACAUUACCUUUGCACAGUACUGAUGUUAGAUAUUGGUGUUAUCAUUUUGUCCUUUUUUUAUAAACUAAAUAUUUGCUUGGGCAAAGAAAAAGUAACCAAUGACAGCUUUGCCUCCAGGCUUCCCUAGAUAUAUGUAUAUUAUGCUAAGAUCACUUAUAUGUUUAGAAAUUAAAUUAGUGUUCCCCUGUAAAUAAGAAAAUAUCAUAGAUUUCUGUUAUACAAAAAGAUGAAGUUAGGGUGCAAAAAGACUCAGUAAAUAGCAUCUAAUUGAGAUCUCAUAUACAUAUUUGUGAGUUGCAGUUUCUCAGUCCCUGGAUAGAACUCUUUAUUUACAUAAACAAUAAUGCAAUACUUUCACAUGCUACUUGGUCAUCUUUUAGGUAUAAGAUUCUGCGUCGUCGUGUCAUUUGGAUGGUAGGCCAGUGGAUAAAUGUCAAAUGUGCUCGUCAAACCAGGACUGUAUUGUACCCAGUACUCCUCAAUUUAAUGAAUGUUCAAGAAGAUUUAGUGGUAAGACCAGGAUUAUUUUUCUAAGAACUAAUACGAAUUUAUUUGUAACUUUUCCUUUGACAUUUAUAACAUCUGUUAUGGAUGGUUACAUGUCUGACCUUGGUUUCCAUGGUCAAAAAAUUAACCUAAGAAGGACAAGACCAAAAUUGCUUAACCACAGGUUCAGGAUCACCCUUCCAUAACUUUAACAGUGCAAUGUUUGCUAGUUAACUAAAACUUUUUACUGGGCAAAUAAUCAAACAAAUCAGCCACAACUUUGAGCAGAUACUUUAAAGUGCUUUCAUUCAAAAUAUGCUGUGCAGCACAUGGUGAUAAAUACAUAAUAUUGUCCUCUAAAAGUGCUCCAUAAGACUUAUUAAAUCCAUGAGUAAGCUCAGGAUAUAACAAAACCAGAAACACUCACCCUUGCAAUCUGCUUUCACUGGGAUUGAAUUUAUGGACAAGGAAGUAUAAUUAAACAAUUCUGCUAAAUGCUAAUCAAAAGGUAAGUUACACCACCAGUGCUUACAUAAAGCAACCUGAUGUUCUGCUUUAAUUAGCUUGGCCAAGAUUGUUAAAGAUAAAUUGAACAUUAUACAAUGAACUCAGAAAAAGAAUUAUGAAAGAGUGCUGAGGCUACUGAACUGAUCUUUAAGCUGGUAAGCUUCAGGAAGUAAUAUCUCUAUCAAAUGUUUUACGAGAUAUUCACUUGCAACUGAUUGAAGCAACUUCAGUUUAGAUGCCUCUGCACUAUUUCAUAUAAUUCCAGUAGAUAUAAAAGGGGGAAUAUGACACAUUCUGAAAACAACCUUGAUUUUUAAGGCAACUUGUGAAAUGUAACCUUGAUUUAAAGUCAACCUUGAAAUCAACCUUGAUUUCAAAAAGACAGUUUUUGCCCUGAAAUCAAGGUUGAUUUCAGGGCAACUUGAAUUUUUCACAGGUGCAUAAUAUUCACAAUGUCUCAGUUGUGAUUUCUGAAGAGGGUGUGCAUAUUAUCAUCUCAAGUGAUUCUCUAGAACAAUUCUCUUGAAUGAUUCUCUUAUACAAUUCCUUUAAAAGACUCUCUUGUUGCGCUAUAGGGGUGUUACAGGUUCCUGUUUUUAUGAGAAGCUUCUUUGAUACUUGUUAAGCUAUCUCAGAUUCAUUCUCUUGGUUAUAAGAAUAUGGACAAGGUAAGUGUUAAAAGAAGUAAAUUGGCCAAUGAAAUUUUUUUCUUGCAACAUUGAUCAAUCCCGAGGAGUGAAGAAAGAUCUCUUUCGAGUUUAACUUUUUAUUUGUAGGGAUUAUAAGGAUUAACAUUCUUGCUUUUGAAUGAUUCAUUGUGACUUUCAAUCCUCUUUCUUCAUGUAAUAAUUUCCCAAGGGCUUUUGUAAGACUCUCAAGAGUGUAUUUGCCUGAAGUAAACCAAAAAAAACAACCAUUUUGAUUAUAAAAGCAAUAAAAAUCUUUAACUCUUUGAAUUCUGACUCUGUGAGGUUUGCAUGGCCAAGAUCAGAUGAAGCAAAUAAAAUUGCGGAUAAAGCAGAGAGAAGAGCCUGGAAUCACUUCAAAGCACAGUAUCCAAAGGCAGACCUGAGCAAGUUCAGUACGCAAGUGUCAUUUGAUGAUAAAAGAUAGGCAACAGCUAAAGUUUACUCAAAUCGAUCAGAUGGAGUUCAGUCAAGCAUCUCAGGAUCGGAGAGAAGACAUAGGGAUGAUGACAUGAAAAGGUGCUUGGAAUUGGAGGUUUUCUUCCCCCUUAAACUCACUCUGAAUCAACUAGGAAAGAAGGAGGUGUCACCAGUUCCAUUUAAUGAGAAUGCUGUCAGCCACUUCAACAAGGAGAUAAAGAUCUUUGUUACCCCAAAUCAAUACUUCGAGGCAAAAUUCAGAGGAAUAUUCACAGGGACAAAAACUCAGCAUUCUUCGGGCAUAGAAUCAAAGAGAUUGCUUGCAGGGUCAAACAUAAGUUAUUGGCCUUGACAGCUCAACUUCGCAGUAUGAUGCACAACUACAAGCUGUGGAAUAUCUUGUGAAGUUCUCUAUAAGGUUCCAGAACAGAUCAAGUUGUUUGUGAUGUUUCACAUCUACUUCACUGUCAGAAGGAUUCUCUUUGAGAUGAGUGGAAUUCAAAGUGAAUUGGCUCUUCAUGGUGACCCAACUUUCUGCCACAUAAAUUAUUAUGACACAUCAUUGUUCAAACGCAUAUGUGCAGAAUUUGGAAUUUCACCAAGCGCAGACUUCCCAUUCAAAUGUGGUGAUAAUCACAGAAUCCAGAAUUCAUUCAUCCAACCUACUUGUAUUGUGGAAGAACAAAUUUCAGCAAUUAGGGUGGAAAAGCCACCAAAGGAAUGAUAAUGCAAAAGUUGAGAGGCAAUUUGGCUUUUUCAUGGCAGACAAUUCAGACGGUUUGACACAAGCUGGGAUGGUGAGUGAGACUUAAUCAGUCAAUUGAGGCAUUUGUUUAUUGCAUUCUUGGUGCACAAGUCAAUGUCAGAUCACCAAUCUUGGGUUCAUUAGGAAGCACAAAAGAAGCACAACAUGACUUCACCCAGAGUAUGGUUGGGUAUAAUAACAGCCUUGAGAAGGCAACUGCUGAAAUGAAGCUUGGAAUCAACAAAUCUGUGAAUUUGGAGAUGAAAUCAUCAAAGAUCAACAGGCCAACCUCUCAAGCCUUUGGCCUGGCUACUGAACAGCAAGCCCCAAGGGGGCAGGCCUCUAGAGGCGCCCUUCAAAUGAAUUUAAUUCAACUUCAACAAACAUUGAGGUGAAGUCAAAAUUAUCACCAGGUGAGAAGUGUAGUACAAGCGACAGCAAGGCAAAUCUAGAUAUGGUAAAGAUAGGAUUGAUUUCAGCUGGACUGUUAUCAGCAUUUUUGAUUGCAUAGCUCCACAGCCCCUGGCUCCAGCAGCAAAACUUGUCUGUUGCAACAAACAAGUUUGAAAAAAUAAACUUGAAAUAAUUGUGGCAUGCUAAGAAAAAAGACUUAAUGAAAAUGUUCUUUUUCAGCUCAUGCCUUUUGUAUUCUUCAAGGUUUUUAACGUCAUUUUAUUCUUAUAAGAGUCACAUAAUAUAUUUUACACUUAUAAUUCUUCAUCUCUUCUUGGAAAAUUGUUUCUGUAUUUUAUUUCACAGCCUUUAGCAACUUCAUUGAAUUCUUUUGUGUGUAUUGGAAUUAAUUUUUUUCCAUUUUAAUAACAUGUACAAACUUUUUGAAAAAAAUUUGUUUUCAUGCCGUUUAAAAAGUGGAAAACAAAAUGGUUCCAUAAUUAAGAGCUGAGGCAAAAUGGCUCAGACUUUAAAGAUAUUCAAGAACAGGAUUUGAGUGAGUUGAUAUCUAAUAUUGUUGACCACCCUGUUGCAAAUAUUGAUGCACCAGUUCUAACACUAGCAAGCAAGUUGACGUAACUGAACAAAGAAGAAAGGAAAUUAGAGAAAUUGAAGAGAUGCCUGGAUUGAGAAGGUCUUCUUCAGAGGAUGUAUCCAGUGAAGCUGAAUGGAAUGAGUUUAUUAAAAAUUACAAAUCCCAACAGUUUGAAAUUUGCGAGUUAGCAAGCGCAUUGAGAAGGUUAAUUAAACAAUUUUGAAUUGAAGUAACUGAAGGUUUUGGAUGGAGAGAGUUCAUGGGAAAAGCCAAACCAGAUACUCUUGUGAGAGAUGGUGAGAGAUAAUGAAGAUAGAUUAGUCCAGCUUCAAGAUGCAUUUUUCCACACCAAAGUAAUUGACAAUCUAAGGGAAACAGAUGAAUCAGAAGUAUUUGAUGUUUUCAUGCAAACAUUUGACAAAGGAAUUCAGAAUUUUGAUCAAAGAGGAGGCAACUGGAAAUUUCAAAGAGUGAUACCUUGAUAUCCAUCUUGCAGAAUGCCAAAGUGGCAGACUGCUUCAAUUUCACAGGGAACUAUCAUGAAGCCACCCACUUCAUAUGCAACCUAUAAUUCAGGACACCAAAAUCUACUCCUGUGAUAUUCCACAAUUCAGCAAACUAUGAUUCCUAUUUAUUUGUUAAGGAUCUCGGUGUAAGCAAGGGAAACAUCAAAUGCAUUCCCUAUAAUGAGGAAAAAGAUGUCAUCUUCAGCAAAGAUGUUAUGGUUAUAAAAGUCAGAAAUGAGAAAGGAAAAGAAGUUAAAGUUAAGAAUGAGCUUCGCUUCAUGGAGAGCUUCAAGUUCAUGGCUUCUUCCCUUUUUAAAUUAGUUUAAAACUUGAGUCUUGAGAAGCUAAAGAAAACUGAGUGGAUCUUCAGGAUAAAAUUGAGUUCAUCUCAAGAAAGGCUGUGUACCCAUAUAAUUACAUGAGCUGCAUUGAAAGUUAAAUGAAAUGAGUUUACCUCCAUAGGAAAAAAUUAUACUCUGAGCUGAAUGAUUGUGGAAUUUUAGAUGAAGAUUAUGAGCACACACAGAUGGUCUGCAAAGAGUUCGACAUGAAGAUGAUGGGUGAUUACCACAACCAUUAUCUCCAGACAGAUGUCCUCCUGCUAGCAGAUGUUUUUGAAGAGUUCAGAAGUGCUUGUCUUGAGAGUUAUAGCUUAGACCCUGCUUGGUAUUACACAUCACCUGGUUCAUCAUGUGAUGCUUUAUUGAAAGUGUCUCGACAAAAAAUUGAAUUACUCACUUAUAUAGACAUGCUGCUGGUGAUUGAAAAAGGAAUUCAUGGAGGAAUCUCAAUGAUCUAAAAUCAAUUAAACCAUAUAUGCAUGAAGCUUUUAAGUUUUGGCUUGCUUGGAUCUUAAAAGAUUUAAAGGUUCAUCACCCUGACCUUCUUCCAUGGCAGGCUCCUGAGAGGUAAGAAAGUCUACUGGUACGCAUAGGCAAUUGUUGAUGUUGCAAGCAGAUUCAAGGCUGCUAAACCUCUCACCUCAAGGGAUUCUUCUGAAGUCUCAAAAGCUUUUCAGACAGUCUAUAAGCAUGGAUCACUGAGGUAGCCAAAAGUUCUUCUGGUUGAUACUGGGCAUGAAUUCAUGGAUGAUAUCAGAAGAGAGACGACAAAGCAUGAUAUGACCAAUCAGUUUACACAAACUGGACUAAGAACAUUCAACUGAAAACAACUAUUCACUCAACCUUGAUGAUGACUUCCACUCAGGUUGUCAAAACAUCAGUCACCACUACUGAAAACAGUCCUCAGGACUACACUCCCCUGGACGAUCAAACUACACUAUUACAUGUCACUCCUGGGUUCAAACCAUUGUAUUGUAUUGUAAAUAUUAUUGUAAAUAUUAUUCACCUCUAAAAAAUUCAAGUUGCCUUAAAUUUAAGGUUGAUUUGAAAAUGUGCAAAAACUCUUUGCAAUCAAGGUUGAUUUUAAUUUUUAUUUCAGUGACUCAUAGCCACUUUGAUUAUCAGUUAUGGGCACAAGAAAACUUUUUCAUCACCUGUGUGUCCAGUUUCUGUCUUAAUGUCAGUUGCAGGUAUUGCCAUUAGUUCUUCCUUGAGAAUAUGCUAUCUUGACCAGUUUGGGUCCAUAACCUAUGAUAGGAGAUUAUAUAUGUUCUUCAGUUUUAUUAUUUGUUUCCUUAGGUCCGUCUUACUGCAGCAAAUACGCUUAAGACUGGUAUCCUUUUUAACCAUACAUGUAUUGCCCAUCUUUCUAUAGAAACAGCCUAUCACUUUGAGCUUCAAAAUUUAAGUCUGCUGGCAUGUAGAAAGGAAGCUAACACAUUUUGCAGUUCAUACUGGAAGGGUUUAAAAACAUUAGCCAUACCCACUAGUAACAUGAUAAUUAUAUCCAUAUCAUUAUUAGAAAAUUUAAUUAUAUGUGACAGUGCUAGGAUUGUUUUGUCAUAGUGUAGCCUUUUGCUUUAAUAUGUAAUGGUUUUUUAAUGGCAUUCAACUUUUGUAGGGCUUAUUUCUUCUAAUGUAGGCAAUCUACAUGAAAAAAGCUCUUGCCUAAGAAGGAGUUGGCCCAUGAUAACUUAGAUUACUUCAGAACAGACAAAUUUAGAAAAAUAAAAAAAUCAGAGGCAUCAAAGUUAACCAUUCCAUGAUUUCCUUAAUCCUUAUCAGCUAUUGAUGAUGUAGAAUUUUAUCUAGAAGAUUUUGUUCAGGUAUAGCUUAGGAGGAUGAAUAUAAUGUGUAUACUUUAAGUAUCAGGUUCAUUUUGAGGCAAAACAUUUCAUUCUACCACUAUAUGUCUUUGGAAGUGUUCAUGAAGUAAAGUGGUGAAUCCCAUUAUCAGUAAUUCGAUUGAAUAUUGUACUAAGUUUUAAGGAUGUUAAUCAGAAAUCUAGAAUGUUUGAUUUUAAAUGAUGCUGUUCUUCCCUUUUUUGUGAAAAUGGACAUAGCUUAAAAGACUGCACACAACCCAAAAUCUUUUACCUUAUAAUGACAAUCACUCAAGCAGUUGAGACUUGUAGAGAGAAAGUCAAUUUAGAAUCAUUCUAAUGAUUUAGCAGAGUAGGUCCAAAAAUAAUAUCAAACAUUUCCCAAAAGGAAACUAAUUGAGUGAAACCCUCUAAUUCUACAUUUAUCUAAUUUAUAAUAAGUUGUUCUCUCGGUGGUUUCCUGAGAAAAAAAUCUAAAUCAGACCUCUUUGUAGAAUGGAGAUCAAAAUCCACCAAUAGCAUUAGAACACCAUGAUACAGAUGGUAACUCAUGAGCAGUUGACCCCAUCACUUGAUGAAGACUAGCCGUUGAUAGUCAAAAUCUUACCAUCUACAUCUCAAAUGACUACAUCAUGAGACAAACAAUUAUACAUUAAACACACACCUUGGGCAGUUUGUAUUCUAAUUGUCUUGUGAAGAAAACUUGCAUGUUUUAAUGAGCCACAAUUUGGCCAGAUUUCAUUGAACAUUUCACUUUCAGAUUCUGUAUUAGUGUUAAAUUUUACCUGCCAAACUAUUUCAGUGUGUGAACUCUGGCAGAUCGUGAACUUUGAUGGUUUGACAUUUUUGACAGCUGUAGGCUUCUGAUUGGCCUAUCGUAGCAUGUUUUAUGACAGUAUAGAGCAUGCUGAAGACAUAUUUGGUCACGUGAAAAUUCAAAUUUGUAAGUAAUUUGUAAUAGUAGGUAAUGUGUGGGGACUUUGACAGAUUCUUUAUUAUAAAACAAAUAAAGAAGCCUUGACUGUGCUCUCUUCUGUUGCAAAGCACUUAGGAAGUGGCUAGAGCACUCACGAAGUAGGGAGAAACACUUUGACUAUAUCUCAUGUUUCCCUCUACACUUAUUAGUGCUCUAGAUCAUGCUUCCUGCAUGCUUUACUACAGAAUGGAGCUCAGUCAAGGCUUCUUUAGCUGUUAAUUAACUCACCAAGAAUGUCAAUUGCAGUUUUUGGAUGGAAGCUUUGAAGUACUAUUUAACCUCCUCAAGUGUACCAAUGAUUGUGAUACUAAGGUACCUUUUUCAGAAGUUCCUUUUAAUCAGUAAGAUUAACACUACAUAAUAAUACAGUGAUCUGAUCAGAAGCUGGUCCAAGAGGAUUUUGUAGUCUUUUGUUGUCUGCUCAUAGAGGUGGUUGGAAAGGUAUGACCUCAAAAGCUAAGACUGUAAAAACCAUACCUUGGUAUAACACUUUGCAAUUAUGAAAAUCCACCUCAUUCAUUUCAAGGUGAGCGUAAAGAUACAGUUAUACCAAAAAUCCAGUGAAACUUAGAGAGCAGUAGUACUUAUACUUAAUGUACUUGAGUUGUUUAGCUAUGCAACAGUAGAUAUAUUUCUCUUGACAUUGUAUUCGGCAUGAUAAACUUGACUUUUUUAACUUUUACCAAACAAGAGAUUGCUUUCUGACAAAUCUGACUUCAAGGGGUGGUGUGUCCUUGUUUUUGAGGUCUUAGUUUUCAAGAUGCUUCUAUUACAACCAGAACAGUUACAGAAAUAAGAGCAUGCUAUACCUGUGAGAUAACAAAUAUAAAAGAGAAAGUCAGUGGAGGGUAUGGCGGAUGUCCAGAGGUAUUGGAUGAAUAUGUCUGAAUUUUUUUAUCCUUUGUAUGCUAAUACAAUUUCCUUAAAGAUGCAGGUGCUGCAUGUGUUAUCAUUACUUAUUCAACGAACAGGAAGCAAGGUCUGCGGAAUUAUUUAUCAUAUUUGAAAAAUGAAAUUCUUUGUUUUGAUACAUGUACAAUGUUUCCAUUUUAUGUCAUGUUUGUUUGAUAUAGAUAGCGUUGUCAUAGAGCUGUUGUUAUUAGUAUUUUUGUGUACCAUAUGCUUGUAGACAUAGCUUGUGGUACAAACAUUGACAGCUUGUCCUUGCCAGCUUGCACCAAAACUAACCAAUAAAUGUUGGUUUUUUUGUUUGUUUAAGGUCCGAUCAUUUGCUUCCCCACUUUCAAUCUACCUUCCUGAGUUGUGGCAGGCAUCUGGUGACCAUAACAUGCUUCAAUGUGCAAUUGUCUCCACAAUGACUCAUCUUGUAGAGGUCUGAAGAGAUUUUGUCUUGUUUUCAGUUAUCCAUAUUGAAUUUUAAUGGCAAGGUUAUUUCAAAAUUUCAAUGCCUCUAAUGGGUACCACAAAGACUUUUGUUUGAAGCAGAAAAAUACACAACACACAAUCUUCCCUGGAAAAAUAAGAUGUUAACUUAUUCUCUUAAACCUACUUGUACAAUUAUGGGGCACUGGCUGAGCAUGUGUUUCAGGCAAGAAAGACCCUUCAAACUUGAUAAAAGCAGUCUUGGCAAAGGAUGAAAACUUCUUAUAUUAUGCCACGACAUGAUCUUAGCAACUUAAGUCUUUCUAAAGACUGCAUAGAGCAUUUCGUGGUUUAGUCAGGAAAGCUUUUUCCUACUAGACUGUUCAGCUUAGUUGUACUUUUAAACCCAGCUGUUACCAUAGGCCAACAACUUGAAAUUUUGCAAUAUUUUGGAACAGGUUCCAGGCUCCAAAUAGGGUUUGAUUCUAUUAUACAUUUAAAUAAAUCAUAUAUGGAAUACUAGCAAAAAAAACUGGGUUAGUCACCAACUGUAUAGAAGAUAUUAUCCCAGUAAACCACCAAUCUCUAGAUCCAUCAAAUAAAUGUAUUCUUGGCCUGAAGACCGUAUCUGCCAAGCAUGAGUUGUGACAUUUGCUGUUAAAGUUACUUUGAUAACUCUGUUGUUUCACAGGGCCUAGGUGUAUGGAGUGAACAGAUGUAUCCUUUCCUUCUGCCCUUGAUUCAGCUCAGUACAGAUGUUUCUCAGGUAAUUGAUGCAAUACUAGUUUAUUUUAGAUGCAGUGUACUUUCCAAAUUCCCCACUCAGCAUAUAGAAUCAAUCAUUUUGCUGAAAACAGCUCUUAGAUUGUUGAACAAAUUUAAUAAGAAAAUAAUCCUUUUGCACAAUUAAAUGAGGGACAGAAAUUCAACAAACAAUGAAGUGAGUGAAGGUGUGGGUCAGCUGGCCUCUUACAUGUUGUAAGGAUUUGGAGACAUUUAACAUUUUCUGGAGACAGAAUGACUUCACUGCCCCCAAGUGCAUGGUUGACUGGUAAUGCAGAGACAUUAUAUUUCAUUGUAUUAUUAAUUAAAUCAUACUCCACUACACUUUAAUUAUUCUAUACUAGAGAAUCUUAAAUCAUACUUUACAUAUACAAUCCAUGAUUAAAUUAUAUUACACAGACAAUGACCUUGCUGGUGAACAUAUCUUUUAUUUGCCACUGUUUCAUUUUUUAAGCCAUCACACAUUUACUUAAUGGAAGAUGGACUGGACCUUUGGUAAUACUUUUCUUUGCUGCUUCAGUAUUUUGUAAUAGAUUUAAACUUAAAGAUAAGCCUCACAUGCUUGAGAUAGUGUGAAGAGAUACAAUAUUUGUCAUGAUUGGCUAUGAACAGUGAGGCAGACACCAUUUCAGGAAACAUCAGUUCCCAGAAUACUUAAAGAUUUGCCAUAGUGUAUCCCAGGGUGUGAAAAACAUUGGGUCAAGCCCAAGGGGCAGGUUGUUUGAAACUUUCUCAACACGAAUUAUGGUUGUAUUCCUUACAAGAUCUUUAGGUGGACAUAGCAGGUAUAAACUUGAAUGAUAAGUAAUUGUGGUGUGAAGGAUGUGUUUAGUCUCGUGAAAGAGAAUAAAGUGUUCCCUGUUAGCCAUGUUUCCCCUUUUACUUUUCAGCAUCUAUGCCUAGUGAAUGACAUCUUUAUGUGAUUAAUUACAAUUGAUUUCAAUAAAUCUGACUUCUUAAGAAAAGGGCUUCAGGUAACAAGGUUAGAGUUAUUAAGGUUGAAAUUAUGAAAGCAAAAAUAAAUACAUGAAGCAAAACUUACCUUGAGUUAGGGAGAAACUUGAGUUGUGGAGGGUUUUAAAGAAAGAUGAAAACCUUGGAGGAUAAUGCAAUUCGUUUUGUUCUUCAGAAUAUCCUGAAUUAUGUGGUUCCUGUCAUAUUGGAGUUUUAAUCAUUGUAUUUAUGGGACAAGGCACCUUUUUGAGUGAAGUGAUCGGCUUGACUGACUUAAAGUGUACAUUUUUGAUAAAAUUAUCUAUUAAACUUUUCUGUAUGAUGUGUAUUUGCAGGCACAAUGUUUUGAUGAAUGCAUCAUGUAUGGCUCCUGAAUUGUUGCAGCUAUUUGCCAAUAUGCCACCAUUAUUGGGUCAGUGAAAGUGUUAUACGUUUUCAAUAAGAUAGUCAUCACUUUGUGCUUUUUAGUUCAUUUCUCAUCAUAUAUUAGGUAAGGUGGAAGCAGCUGCUAUGCAUCUCUCUGCCCUAUACUUCUAAUUUUCAAGAGGUACCACAAGAAGCAAUGCAUCCAUCCCAAAGCUACCAUACCAUACCAUUCAAACUUUUGAAGCAGCUAAGUUUUAAGGGUGGUUGUCUUUUGCUCGAAACUGUCACUGUAUACAAGAAGUUUAUUGUUUUGUUACUUUUCUUCACUUCCUUUACACCUUCAAUCUCACAGAAAUCUUUACCGAAAUCACCUUAAUUGCAGAAUUAGGCUCCGAAAACCUCAGAACAUGCUUUGCCAUCGUGGAAUCUUAUGUGUUGUUAGAUCCAAGAGCAUUUCUUCAGGUUUGAUUUUAUAAUUUCACGUUUGGUAAAUUAACAGUGAUAGCAAAUUAUUCUUUUGUCAUUUUUUUAAUAACCCUCUUUCUUUUGAUAGAAUUGUAGUGCACCUGUUGUGGAUGCUUGCUUAAGAAUGCUUGGAAAUAUAAAACCAGAGGGCAGCAUUAUCCUUUCUAGGGUAGGGGUGUAUAUUUUAACAACAUUCAAUUUAUAUCAAUAUAAUUGGUUAAGAACAGUUUGAUUAUUUAAAAGUUUUAGUUUUAGUAUUAUGUCCUAAAAUAAUUUAAGAUAAAGAUUGGGCAUGAGAGGAAGAACAGCAUAUUUUUAUUUUCCUAACAUCUUCAAAUUAUGUAACACUGAAAGUGCAUCCAACUCCGCCUUUUUUUAAUGAAUCCACUAGCAGUGCUUCUGCAAACAAUUUCAAGUUUUGAAAAAAUAUGCAUAUUUCUUUCCUUUCUCUAACAGAAGGGUUUUGACAGAACACAUUUAUAGAGAUUAGCUUUGCUGAAAUAAAAGCAAUAGCUGCCUUCAUACUAGUCUCCUUCACAGUAAUUCUUUGAGAUUGGGUGAGCAUUGGUUAUAUCCCAAAUAAAAGCUGGAAUGGAGACUACUAUCAGACGUUUUCGGCAUAGUUUUAAUUUUGCAUCAGUUUUACCACGUUUAGAAGUAUUGCCCCUGUUUCUAAUAUUCACACAAACUAAAAAGAGUUUAUGAAGCCCUUUGUUUAACUGUUGGUGCUUGGCAAGUGUAUGGCCACAUUCUUCUAAUCUUCUCACGGUUCAGAAUAUUAUUCCCACCACAAUUAUUCCUAACAACCGCAAUAUUGACUUGAAUCUUUUGUUUUCUAAAAAAAAAAGCUUUUUAUUUGCUGGCGAGGAGUUUCCUUAAAAUUAUCAAAGUUAAAUCACACCUAGAUGCCAAAUCCCAAAUUUACAGCAAAUUCCGUUUUGAUGCUUCAGACGAGAGAGGACCAUCAGGGCCCUCUCGAAGCAGUUCUGUGGUGCAAUGUAGUAAUUUCUCCAUUUCUAAUCAAUUAAUAACUAUAUACAUAUUAACUUUUGGUGAUAUUCAGCGCCAUCUUUGGUGUCAUAUGACUACUUAAUUAGAGCUGUAAAAGUCAAACAUAACUGUGAAAAGGUAGGUCUGAUGUUUUGAAUAGCAUCACAUCGAGAAAUGGCUAGAACAAUAAUUUGUCCAUUUCUGGUGUGUAAAUCGUACUCUCAUUUUUUCACCCAUAUUGAUUUCAUAAGUAGAUCCAUGUAAUACUUCUAAAGAAAUGGGCACUUAAGGCGAAGAAAUUGUUCGAAGGUGUGAUAAUGAGUUUAGAAAUUUGACAGCAUUUAUUGUACUCUCCUUUUGAGAAAUUUUCCCUUUAAUUUCUUCUGUCAGCACCUUUUUGAUGAGAAAUGAAAAGUUGUGUAUAUUUAAGACAUAUUUUCAAACUGCGAUGUUUUUUAAAACGGGUGUACAUAUAAAGAUAUAUAUAUAUAUACCUUCAUGUUGAGGAGACGUUUAGUCAUUUCCACCAUCAUUCACCAACACUCGCAACAUUGUUGACUGUCAUUUAAGUUUUAUGUAAAGACCUUUUUUUGUAUUGUGUAUACAACGUACCAAUCAUCUCUUUCCAUAGAACAAGUUGUAUUAAAUUGUUCAUUACAAGAAGAGGCAGAUAACCGUUUUAGGUCCAUGAUGACAUAAGUGAGGAUGGAAUAUUGGACCACCUUGCUUUCAUAUUUUAGACCAUUAUUAAUUUGGAGAAAUUACCGCCACUGCAGAAUUUGUCGAAAGGUUUGAGUUGGCCUCAGUUUUUUUUCUGCAGUACUAGGGCCUACAACCAAAACAAACUGCAUCAGGUAUAUUCAUCUAUUUUGAAAAAUUAAAGGUGUAGAAAUUAUUUAUUUCACUCGCGAUGCGCAUUCAAGAUUUUGCUCAGUAUGUCACUCAUGAUUAACGGGUGCUUGCAUAGUACGUUUAUUAAUUUUUCGGUGAGACAUCUGUAAGAUAUAAAUCCCGUGUUGCGAUUCGUAACCGCGUUCAACUGUUAUGAAAGGGUCAUUGACAUCUUUCAAUUUGUUUUAUUUUUCGAAUUUUGGUAUCGAAACAAGGAAGUGAUGCACCCGUAGCCAAGCUAAAUGAUUGGCUGACUUGUUGUGUGACAGGAGUUGGGUGGAUCAAACGGGUUAAUUUGUCAAAAAUGCCCACACACUUUUAGAGGCCAUGAAUUAAAAGGACGACGUUUUAAAUCAAUUUAAGUAGUACAUCUUGUAGGGUUUCUUAUUAAGCCUCCAUUGUUGACCUUUGUUUAGUCUCAGCCAAAAAAGUGAAAAGUGCAUUACUUUAACGGGUAAUUAUGCCGAAUUAAACACAACAACGUCGUGUUUUCGAAAAGCUUAUUAAAAAUGACUCAGAAUUGAAAACCCAGAAUAUACCUAGUUUUAUUUAAAGUUGCCAAAGUUGGUACGUUCUCCUACUAGAUAGACAGACAGAGGCCUAUAUUCAGUUUUUAAGGCUCAGGGUGGUUCUUCCAGGUGCUUGAAAGUAACCUGCUAUCAAUAGGAGCCCUGAGUUCAGAGCAUUUAGAGUUUCUGAGAUAUUUCACCGAUCCAACGUUUGGUAUAAAGCUGUUGCUGUGCCUAAUAUUACACUUUUAACUAAAUGUAACUUAAGUAACAUUGUGAAAGAUGUAACACUCCUCGGUAUUUUAAAUCCAUUCUCUUAUUGCUUGCCCAUGUUUUUUAUUUUAUUUGGUUCUAUCAGGUUGUUGAAACUAUCAUAAAAGUCUCUCCUCUCGAUGGUCCUCAAGUUCUCGCACCAGUGUUGCUGAAAAUAUUAAACAUGAUCAUUGAGGUUGAGGUAAAUUUUCCUUACUAACAGUUAUGAAACAAGAAGACCUUAGGAAAUAUCUUAUCUUAGUUUAUCAUGUUACGAUCAUUCACAACAUUAAUAUAUUAUAGUAGUGGAUGGGUCAGCCCUAGGGCUUGAAUGCAAUGUAGCUCAGUUGCUCUAGGUUAUCGUUGAACGAGAAAAGUUCGCGUGAGAGUAUAUUAUGUUCCUACCAUGGUAGAAUCCUUUUGUUAGUGAUCCUAAGAUAUGGGACCCCAUAAGUAUAAUGCAUGCGCAAUAACUAGCAUUAGGAGCACGCAAGCAAUUGAGAUGCAAUAACUUGCGGACUAUAAGAGUUCUUUUAUCGUGAGUGUAUAAGAUCCAUUUACCAAAAAAGAGACUAGAGUCCAAACUCCGUAGAAAAUAUGUAUUAAACUUGUUAAAUGAACCUCAACAUUUGGCUAAAAUAGAAACUCAGAAACGUCUUUAAUUUCCAAACAAAGGAGUGACAAAUUUACGCGAACGAAACCUCAAAAACAAUUAAAACUCCGCGAAAACAAAACUAAAAGUACGCGAGAAAUGCCCACGUCAGUUUUCCAAUGUCAAGGUUAAAGUUCUUUGACAUGAUUGGCUAAUUUGUGAAAUCACGCGCGCCGCGCGUCAAUACAAAAAGAACACGAAGAGGGGAGAGGAAGAGAAAAAUUGUAACUUGAAAUUUAGAAAAACAAAAGAGAUUUUCUACAAGGAGGAGCUUGAUAUUCCAUUCGGAAAGUAAGGGCAAGAGCAAAUAAAAGUAUUCUUCUUAUUUCACACUGCGUUUGAAUAUCCUACUGCAAAUGAGUUCUUGCGUCUUCAACUGUAGAGAAGCCCUCCCAGAACCACAAUACGGAAAAAGAUGGCGUCGUGCACGGACUCUGGGUAAAUCGACCAACUCGGUGUGAACAAACAGUUUCGCAAUGCCUGGAAGGUGCUCUGAAUGGCUUUUAAAUGGAAGUAGGUUUCUGCUUGCUUAAAAGUGGAAGGAAAGUCGUCCGUGUGUUGUGUACACUUUUGCGACGGGCAUAAGUAUAGAUCUAACAAUAUACCCGCCUCAGUUGAGUAGAGUUUUAUUAGUACUCUUAGAAAUGAAUGUUCGACAGAGGCCCACCCAAAGGCGAAAAUAGCACCUGAAUUUCAAGAACUAAACGCAGAAGAAUACAGAAAACUGCAAUGUGAAUGUCAAAAGGAGAUUGAGCAUUUAUUAAAACGUAUAAGAAAGCUUAAAGAGUGUAGAAGUGGAGAAGUUUAAAGUUAGUAAAUUUAUGGCUUAUGACUCGGACAUAAGGUUUUACACAGGACUACCUGACUACCAGACCUUUUUUAAAACCAAGACCAGGCUUCUUGCAGAAUUAUAACGAUGGAUACACAAAUGUUUCAGAGAUCAUUUAUAUUUUGUACCUGAAGGAAGACCUCAAAGGUUUCGUCACAUCAAUGAAUUAUUUUUAAUAAUGACGAGGUUACGUCUCGGAUUAAAGGGGGAUACCUCGCCAAUCGUUUUAACAUUCAUCAAGAGGUCUCAGAAAUAUUUGCCACCUGGAUCGAUCGAAUGUUGGAAAGACACUCAGACCAGUACAAACUGACAGAACUACCGUAUGCUGGGAUUAGGGAGACAUCCUUGUCUAUGAAGGACUGCUUGGACGUGACAAGAUCCACCAAGGCUAAAAGAGAUUAGGGGGAAAGUAAGCAAGAGAAUGAAAAGAUGAGUGCAAACCACCACCCACCAAGCUUUGUUAGGUCAAAACGUUGUCUAUCGAGGCUAUUGCAUAGACAUAUAGAUGUUUAAGAUGUGCCUCAUACAAUUUGGAUGAGGUGCAGUGACAAAUUAAGAGAAUCUUUUGUGAGUGAAAUGUUAAGGAGAAACACCUCCUGCUUGCACCUGGUACCCGACCGUAAGGAGUCCUAAGGAAGAAUCAGUGAAAGAGGAAGACAAAAAUGAAUGACUCUGAGAAGGAAAUAUGCUCUGCAGUGAUUUCCUACAUGGAUAUGAGCAUGAAUGUCUUUUGCUGCUCUUGUGUCCGAACUUGCAUCCAGAGUAUUUAUUUCUGCGAAACAACAUUUCUAAAUAAAUCAUGGAAAAAAUUCACAUAAAAUAUCACUUCUCCACAUCACAGUAUAACAUUUUUUUUGCUUAGCGCUUAGCGUUGCUUCAUUCCCUUCUUGAAUUUUUGUAAUGGCGUGGAACUCAUGAAUUCUCACAAUUUAGGAUUAAUGAUCGAGUAUGAAUUAGAUUGUCGAUACACGAUAGUUGGGAGCAUCGAGUGUAGAGUUUCAACUUUAUUUUAGUCAAUCGUGCUGGUGUACAAACCUGAGGCAACGUAACUCCUGAUACACUUAGCGCUAAACAUAAUUUUUGAAUGCUGACGUAUCAAAUAAUGACCAUAUCAUUUCCUUCCGCUACUAGUAUUUAACCUUUAAAGUAAUGAGGGCCAUGUUCCUUGAUGUUACGUUCUGAUACAAUUGUAAUUUCUGGGUUAGUGGCUGUAAAAUUACAAGAUAUGUAUUUGUUUUGGUUAGGAACACACACCUCUUCUGGUUAUCUACCUGUGCAUAAUUGGGGAAAUCAGUUUGCAUAAUUACCAUGCAUUUGUUCAUCUGGUCGAAAAUGUUGCACAGCAGCUCAGCAUCCAGGUAUGGGAGGAGCUUGAGUGAAUCUUUCAUUGUUCUUUUACUAUCGUUUUAUGUCUAUGUCCUUUGCGUUCCUGGUUCGACCAAAAGUUAACCUUGCAGCGAGACUUCCCAAGAUGCCUCAUGCAAAUAGUGCAAGCUCUAAUGUGGAAGCGCUGUAAGCAAAAGUGUGUGAUAUAUUUUCCUGAAUAACUUCUACUAGAGGUGCGUAAGCGAGAAAAAUAUAUUAACUUCGCCACAAUUCUUAUGUGCAGUGAUGAUAAAACUGUUAAUGUUUAUAGUUCUAUGGUUGCCCUAGUACCCCAUAAUGAAUGUGCAGAUGGAUAUGUUGUGUUCACACGUGUAAUAGUCCACGAAAAAGUACAUGCCCCCCCCCCCCCCUUCGUCAAGAGCGAAUGGAUUGCUCAACUGAGAUCUACCUCGUACGCCAAAGUCCCCAAGUUGCUCAAAGACAGAUCAUUUGAUAUAGACUUAGUGCUAUGGAAUCAAAAUAGGUGUUGUCACUAUGCUUCUCAAUGAAAUCUUUUCCAAGUUUAUGGGCUCAUUAAUUCUGAUUUUUUCCAGGCUGGGAACGUUUUAAGCCAGCUUCUCGAGAUAUGGUUGGACAAAGUAAGCAAAAUAAUAACAUGUAGAAAUUUGAAAUGCUUCCAUCUUACAUUUUUUGGUGGCUGACUUAGUGUUGAUUUUGUCGUUUUUAUAUUCAUUGCCUAAACUGAUUCUUAACAGAAUUACGGAAAGUUGUAUUGAAAUGUAAAGAAAAUUUUUUCAAUGUUGAUUGUUUCCUUUACGGUGUUACUUGAAACCAGUGAUUGUUUCAUUAUGAGAAUGACAUUAUUGCCUUCAUAUUUGUCUUUUUUUGUGUAGAUGGAUUGCAUGACACGGUUUGAACGAAGGAAACUCACAGUGCUGUCACUGAUGACGCUGCUGCCGUUGAAUGUGCAGUAAGACAGUUUUUUUACUUAUUAAAAAGUCAAGGGAAAGGGGCAGUGGUGAUUUGAGCACCAUACACCCUUUUAUUUGUUCAUUAAUUGUGCUUGGUGUAUUCUUAAAAAGGCGAGCGCCAAGCAAUGAUAUUCAUUUUAAUUUUCGCAACAGCAAUUGUGUCAUGCAAAAGUUUGCAAUCAUUGUGGAUGCAGCUGUUGAUGUCCUACAUGAGAUUCACAGAGUGGAGGACGGCGGAACGCAUACUGAGUGAGAAAUUGUUAUUCUUUAUGAAACAGGAACAUUCACUUGUGAUAAACAUAAUUUCAGGAAGUUCAUAUUUCAUGACAUUUAUGUCAUUUUAAUACCGCAGCGUUAAGAUUGUUUUUUUUUGUUUUCUUGCUGCCUAUUGUCUUCAAUGAAGUAAAAGCUUGUUUCAUUUAAUUGAUGGUUUAAUUGGGAAAGUGUUACGAAUUUCAUAAAGCUACUUAACUCAAACCUCUUUACAUUCGCCACCAGAGGGGAGAGGAAAAUGACCAUGCGAUAGUCGAGCCGUUGUAGGAUUUAGUGUUGUAAUAUUACACCUUCUUUUUAGAACGAGUACGGCGUAAUACAAAAUUUAUCCAAUGCAAGUACAGCAGAACAAUAUUAUAUCGUGACAUCGAAGUCUAGCUUGCCUACUGAGAAGUUGUUGUUCGACCAGUCACCAUAAAGGUUAUCUUGUCAAUAAUGGUAAUAGGACCGAGUGGAAUCCAAUUUUUUCCUGUAAUCAUACGAGUGAUUAACAAAAUCGGACGACCGCGACCCGGUACAAUUUGUAAAUCACAAGUUCUACCAGUUUAUCAUAACUGUUACAAUUUCGGAAAAAAACAAAUACAUUUAGGACAUACAUCUCCGGUAGAGACAACGUCUAAGGUAAAAAAUUCCUCCAUUCUGAAAAUUCCCCUUUCUUUUUUGCUAUGGUUAUUGUGAUCAAUUCUGUGAUUGGUAAAUUUAGCUGAGUGGACUCAGUAUGACUGGCUGCUUUAAUUGUCCGAUAUACAGCCAACUGUCCGAUUACGACUAUACAGAAUGAUAAGUGAAAAAUAAAGCAGCUAAUACACCAGUCACGUUUGAGGAAAUUGCAGUGGUUAUGAUUAUUACUGGUAUCGUGUUAAAUCCAUAUAGAGGUUGUAAAUAUGACGCAUUUAUAAUAUUAAGUAGCUCCAAUAUGAAAUGAUGCGUGAUAUUAACUUUAACAUUAUACUUAGAAGGAGUGGCUGUUACAACUUCAAGUACUACGAACUUUUGUCUUUACUAUGUUUAAGAAUCACAAUGGGAAUAUUUUUCUCUGUGAUAGUAUUGUUUACAUUAGAGGCAAUUGAGGGUUAUCAAUUCGGUCAUCCUUUCUCCUGUGUGUUUUAGUUGUUUGGUGGUGCUUGUUGGAGAUGGCGAUGAUGGUAACGAACACACCGAGGAACAAAAAAGGAAACGAAAGGUAAUAUUCGAACUAGACGGGAAGAACAUCAUAAAGAAGUUUCCAUAGGAUCGUUCCAGAACAUACAUAGAUGACAAUCCUUGAUAAAUUUUCUUUAGACGGAUCGAAGUGAAAUUCUAUUCACUUAUUGGCUUUUUACUUCGUUUAAAUUCGAAUUAGCUUUAUAACUCACAGACUUUUUACAUUGAAUAAAAAAGCGGCAUACAAAACAUUCUACUAAGGUGGAAUAAAAACGUCAAUUGAAUUUAAAGGGAAGAUCACUUUUUCUGUAAUUGCAACGAGAAAGUUUUUUAGAGAAAGCUUGAAAAAUACAACCUUGAACAGAUUCCAACCCUUCACCUUUCUGUGGUACUCAGAUAAUGAGCUUGACAGCUGAGCUAUCAAGCCACUAGAUACCAGCUCCAAGUUUACCUCUAAUUCAAUUUUGCAAGAUUGAAAAGAACUCCUGAAGUAUUGUGGUUCGGUGGUGAAAUGUGUCCUAAGGAAUUUCGUCCUUGAUUGACGAUUGUGAUUGUUUAACGAGUAAAAAGGGUCGCAGUCAGAUACACUUCAGUACUUUGUUUUGAAUUUUUUUUUCGAUUCGUUUCAUGGUAAUGGGAAAAAUAACAAAAAAAAGUUAACAAAUAAUCUGGAAAGGUAAGAGGAAAGCCAAGAUAUGGCGGAAUAAGUUCUCAGCUAUUCAUGUUAAUUUCAGUAAACAAAAUCAAUCUAUCUGUGUUUGCUUACGACUCUGUUUUUCAGCUGAGCUUAUCAAGUCCUGUGCACUGCUUUCCCUUGUGGAAAUUCGUUCGAGACAAACUUCAAGAGUGUCGCUCAGUUUAUGGACAUGAAACCUUCCAGUACGCAAUGGACUCCAUGGACUCCGCUGUGGUCACUCAGCUUGGCACUUUUAUAAACCACUAGAGCACUUUAUUUCAUCAGUAGAGGCGAAUUUAAGAAAAAGCUUUCCGGCGUUAAACCUCAAGCACACUAAAAUAUUUCAACGUACCGUUGAGCUUCGGUUCUGCAGGAGUGUGUUAGUUGUCCUCCGUUUGAAACGUUGCUUCCGGGAAGCUGGUGUUUCUGCAAAGGUUGAUCGAGGAAAUGUGGAGCUGUAUACGAACUGAUACGUUAACCACUGAUUAAGUCUGAAUGCAAAUUUUAUGUAAAGGUGCGUGGAGAUUCAAUGUCCAAUUCAAAGUCGUGAAUUUAGUUUCAGUGUUUGUCAACCAGUGACAUUCUCCAUUCCUCGAUGCUAAGACGUAAUUAGAUUCUUAUAUAUAUUUCGUGCAAAAUCAGCGAGCACCACUUACAAAUAAAUAAAGUGAACCCUCUCAGACUUUAAGUAAAGACUUAAACUGCGG